AUUUGCUCAUUCAGAGACCAUCUUCUUGGCUGUGAGUCCUGCAAGUCCUUCUCACUUCCUUGCAGGCUUUUCCUACCAGGCCUGGUAGGGCUGGGGCUUGACUGACUCCAGCUACAAGGGCCGAGGCUCCUGAGCAGGCCAGAUAUAAUCUUGGCUGCUCCCUUGCUUGCAGGCUGUUUCCACCUGGUCUGGAAGGGCAGGGUCAUGACUGACUCCAGUUGCAAAAGCUGAGGCGGCUGAACAUACCUUUGGGAUGAGGUAUUGUUUAGGGUUUGGGGGGGGGCGGCGUUCCUGUUGCUGUUAUUAUUGCCCUAACUGUUUACAAAGCUUUAAAUUGUUUUAACUGCUUUUUAACUUGUGUUUUUUAACUUGGGCUUUUUGUUGACUUUUUAAAAAAUCAAGGGACAUAAAUAUGUGCCUGGGAAGAGAGGAGCUGGGGAGAGCAGGGAUGACCCCAACUGCAGUGGUUCUGAGCAAGGGGAGCUGGUGUGCAGGUGAGGCAGGCCGGGUAAGGGGCACACGGCCCAGGGGGUUGGUGAUUGUGCCAGCCCCUCCUCCAAACUUGUUUGCAAAGCAUUUUGACAAUAACAGUUCUUUAAAUUCCUGGUUCGCUUUCAGAACCCGAAACCUGAAGCUGGUGUAGGGAGGAACGACGUAUUCAGUGCAAUUCCAUGAUGCAUGAAAUGCAAUCUGGAUCUUCCCACGUUACCAUGGCAACAUGGGGCUUAAUGACUGGGGGAGCCAUUUUUCAGGCAUUUCUGUGCCACCCUAGCAAUACGAAGACUGGGUUCUAAGAGAGUAGUUACUAUAAAUUGUUACAAAAUGCCGCCAUAUUGGCCUGGAAUUAUCCAUUGUCCUAGGCAGUAUGUGCAGAGGCUUUGCCUAGGGGGAAGCCACUAAGAGUUCAGAUCAAAUCCCUGGUGGAGUUACUACUUAGAGCUCCAAUUCUUGAUUUGGUUGCAGGAAUGAGAGUUGCUUCUUGAAGGGGGACUGGCUUCCCUGUGAUGCUUUGUGUGAUUCCUGAACAGACACAGAAGGAGCCAUGGGGGAAGGCAGGCCCCAACCUGUCACUUGGAAAUUGAGCCUUUCCUAGCAUAGCUAGGCUGCUGUAGCAUUUUAGGCUUCUUCUCAGCUGGCUGAGAUGCUCAAUUCAUGAGUCAAUAUGGUGGUGUGGCUAGAGUGCAUCAUGCUAAGGCUAAAGCCAGACUUGGGCCUUAAAUCCUCAUUCAGCCAUGAAGCAUACUUCAUCAACUCACUAUCUUUCAGUUUGGGCCUGCUGUAAAGGUAAAAUGGGCUGAGGAAAAUCACCUAUGCAGGGCUUUUUCCCCCCAGGCAGAACUCAGUUCCCGCACCUUUCAGGUGGGCGCCAUUGCCAUUGUAAGAGAACAAGGGAGGCGUUCAUUGUGACUUCUGGCACCACUUUUUCUAGAAAAAUAGCACAGCGAUAUAUGCCAUGCUGAGUUGCUUGGAGGAAAGGAAGAAUAAAAUGGUGGGGGGAAAUGAUAAAUAAUUAGCAGGGAUCUGUGGGUUGUAGAGGGUUCCAGCCUGCCCUUAAAAUGGCCUCCAUAGUCAUUUAUCCAGGCAGAUCAUGGGCAGGAGACGUUUUUCAGCCUGAGGGCUGCAUUCUCUGCUAGGGAACCUUCCAAGGGCCACACACCAAUGGUGCCAGUGAUAAGAGUGGACAGAGGAACAAAUGCCACAGUAGGCUUGUUUCUACACACAUUCACCCCACUUCCACCAUUUAGGCUGGCAAGUAGCGCUUCUGAGUCUGAGACACGCUCCCAGCUCAGGCAAAGCUCUCAAGGAUGCUAGGCUAGUGAGAGGUUGUGGCCUGGAGGAGGUGGGGCUCCAAGGGCCUCACAGGGACGCACUGUCCGGGUUUCUCCAGAUGUUUUGGGACUACAGUUCCCACCAUCCCUGACCACUGGUCCUGUUAGCUAGGGAUGAUGGGAGUUGUAGUCCCAAAACAUCUGGAGGGCCGAGUUUGGGGAUGCCUGCCUUAGAAGCUGCAUUUGGUCUCUGGAGCGGAGGUUCCUAUCCCUAGGGUAGAUUAGUUGGCUUGGAAAAAGCCCCAUUCCAAGCAGCCGUCUGGAGCCGGUGGUUCUGACAAAUCAGCUGAUGUGCUUAUUAACAAAUCAUUCUUAACACUGCACAGUUAAGAGAAUGUGUAUGAGAAUGCACACCCACAAAGAGCAGAAGUAAAAUGUUCUGGUGGAAGACGGAAGAGGUGGAAAGAGAAGAAGAGGGCUCUCUCUCCCCAAAUCCUAGAAUCCUCAAGACACAUAUGGGGAACCUUUGGCCCGCCCGAUGAUGUUCAACUGCAGCUUCAUUGAUCCCUGACCACCAGUCAUGCUGGGUAGGACUGAUGGGAGUUCAGCAAGAUUUGGAAGGCUGGCUUUAAGGUGAAAGUGUGUUGCCAAACAGGGGACAAGGCUGCAGGGCCUAUAGUACCAAGCCUUACAGAUUAUAGUACUUUAUAGUACUUUGAGUGUGUUAUGUACUGGUAAAUGAUGAGCGUUAUAAUGAAAAUACCAUAUUUACUCAAAUCUCACAUUUUUUGGCCAAAUUAUGUUGCGGAAAUUAUGUUGCGGAUUAGAUUUGAUGGCACAUUUACAUUCGCCAGCAAAUACUUUUUUUGUUUGUUUCAAGGUUAGGAACGUUGAGGUGUGCAUUAGACUUGAUGGUGUCUUAGACUCUAGUAAAUAAGGUGUGUCAAGCAUGUCAUAAACAAUGUGUGUGCCAGCAACGAGUGACUGAGGAACCUCCUUUUUCAUUCAGGGCAAGCAUAUAAUCUCCAGCCUUUGGUUGGUUCUUCACAUCCUUCAUGUGUCGUUCAGGGGGACCCACACAGUCAAAUUCAAAUUUCAAAAAACAGUUAUCUUCAUAUGGAUCUGUUUGUUGGUCUGGGUCUUAAACAGUGACUCAGCAGGCCCACUCAGAAAACCACAGAUUUCAACACCUUCAUUAUAUCCACCAAACUUGACACAUUCUAUACAGUGAGAUGUAUUUUACAUUUGGAUGGCAUACAGAAAACUUGUCAGAAGUGGCUUAGUUAAUUUGGCAGUUUUCCUUCAGUCAAAUGAAACCUACAGUAAUAACAGGUGUACUUCUUUAAGUGGCGACGUCUGCCCACACAAGUCUCUGAAUCCAAUAGAUUUAUAAUGAAUCCUUUAUAUAAUUUUUGGAAAAAAAAUUAAAGUUAAUAACAAAAGAUAAAUCAAUGCAACCCAAUUUAAAAUUAUGAAAAAUCUUAAUUCUUCAUCUUAAUUCUUUUCAGCCCGUUUUUGCUAAGCUACCAAAUUUAAAUCUACCUUGAUAUGAUAAUCACUUUUGUUGCAGAUUAAAAAUGAAGUUCAGUAAGUAAAUGCAGAAGUAAAAUGCUUGGGUGUGCCAGCAAGUGCCUUAUUAGCUUCUGUGUAAAGUACAAAUGGCAUCUGCAUUCUUGAGGAUUAACAUGGCCUAUUUCCCGCCCCCCCUUAAAUUUAAUGCGGGAGCUUAUCUGUGGCAUGAACUUCCCACAGUUUGUACAACCACUGAAUCACUGGUGACAUUUUUAUCAUACUUUCUUUUCCAUUUCCUCCCCCCCCCCCAACUUCUAUUUUUGCUGCUGUGAGAAGGAAUGACAGUAAAUCCCUGUAUCUUGUGAGCAUAUUAUGGUUGUUAAUUCCAUUAAGUCCUUCAAGCCGAACCAAUGUCUCUCGAACACCAAGAUAUUAAAAUAAACAUAUUUUCUCUUUUCUUGUUACUGCAAUUGCUCUUUCAAGCACAAUGCCGAUUACGGGACAAUAUUCCAUAAAAAUCACUGGCUGGUUUCCACCGCAUUAUCUGAAAACAAAAUGCAGAUGAAUGAAAGCAUGCAACACUAAUAUAGUAUAAAAUCCAGUAUAAAACAAUUACAGGUAAACGGCAGCAGAUCAGAAAGACCUUAAGCACUAGUUGAAACCAAAAUAACUUAAAUAUUUCCAAAGGCAAUGAUCACAUAUGAUCUAGUGAGCUGGCAGAUGCUUAAUAAUGUUGUCGUCAUCCAAGCCUCUAGGAGGCGUAAGUUCCAAGCCUGGGCACCACAGUACAAAAGGCCCUGUCAUGGUCACCACAAAGUGUGCCAACUGCCAUCAAGACAGCAAGCAGCCGCCUUCCUCCAUCAAUAUAGGGAAAGGUGCUUUGACAGGUUACUGGGUCUCAAGUCGCUUGGGGCUUUGUAAACCCAAACUACUGUAACGCCUUGAAUUGGGUUUGGUAACAGAUGGGCAGCCGGUGCCCAGCUUGUAGAAUAGAUGUUACACAACUAUGUGCAGAAGUAGCAAAAUAUCUUCAAGGGAAGGCCCACUAGAGUCCAUUUGCAGUAAUCAAAAUGUGAGUUUAACAGAAUGGAGUGCUGUGGCAAGGCUGUAGCUAGUGAACCAGCCCCUUGCUGCAAAAGCCGCUUGGGCCUCUGAGUAAAAUGAUGGAUCCAGGAGCACCUCAGACUACAAACCUGCACUGUUUAGAGCAGCUGUUCUAUGAAACAUAUACUAGCAGUUGUUAUAAUGGUAGGCCAAUCCAUAGCCAUGUUUUGGUCAUAAGUUUCCAAUGUUUUUGUGACUAUGAUACUUCAUCCAUCAUGGAUAGUCUUAUACUGCUAAUAUACAUUUGGUAGCACAGCUCCUUACAUUCAUCUUAAUGUACUGUUGGGGUCGCUUUGACACCUCCCUUGGUGCCUGUCAAGGUCCAUUGGUGGGUGGGUGGGUGUAGCUGUUUUGUCUAUUGUUUAGGGGACAUUUCUCCCUGUGGCAGUUUCUUAAAUUUCUAAAUGUGUUCCCAGGGCCCUGCCCAAAAGGUUGUGAACUCUUGGUGUAUGGUAUGUUCAAUUCGGGAUGUGGGUGGCGCUGUGGGUUAAGCCACUGAACCUAGGGCUUGCCGAUCAGAAGGCUGGCGGUUCAAAUCCCCGUGACCGGGUGAGCUCCCAUUGAUCGGUCCCUGCUCCUGCCAACCUAGCAGUUCAAAAGCACAUCAAAGUGCAAGUAGAUAAAUAGGUACCGCUCUGGUGGGAAGGUAAACGGCGUUUCCGUGCGCUGCUCUGGUUUGCCAGAAGCGGCUUAGUCAUGCUGGCCACAUAACCCGGAAGCGGUACGCCAGCUCCCUAGACCAAUAAAGCGAGAUGAGCGCCACAACCCCAGAGUCGGUCACGACUGGACCUAAUGGUCAGGGGUCCCUUUACCUUUAUUCAAUUCAGUUCGUAUUUUUCAGAGGGGUGAAGCCAUGCCAUGCAGUGAGCUGUGACCUUGAAGACCUGUUCUCCUAUACUGGAGAACACAGGUCUAGGAUUUGUAUAGGGAACUGAAAGUCAUGGGAAACGCCAGUGAUUAUGAGUACCGCAUCAUUAUUUAAAGAAAAAGAAAGCUUAGGCUGCAAUCUCUACCCAUGUACCUGGCAGUAAUCCCACCCCCCACCCCCGAACUCAGUGGGAUUUAACUUCUGAAUACACAUGCAUAUGGUUACCCUACAAGUGAUUAACACAACAUGUAUGCAUGGGUGGUAAAGCAGAACAUUCAUCUGCAGGCUUCUACGGGAGAAUGUGUGUCUAUAUCAAGCUCACCUCUGCCCUUACCCCACUGCAGAUCUUGUUGUGGUCUAGAAAUAGUAGCUGCGGCUGUAUGCCUUCCAUAAAAUCAUUGACCCAAGGACACCGCACCCCCCAUUUCUUUCUAAACUUCCUUUGCCUGCUUGCUCCUUACACUGUACUUUUAAUGCUUGAAGCCAGCAGGUUGUUUUGAAUUAUUUUUGUUUCUGUGUGGUUGUUUUCCUAAAACUUAGAGAGUGAAGCAAAAUCUCAGUGACAAGGUAGAGGCACAUUUCAAUCUGAAUGUUAUUGGAAGUGUAAAAGGAGGAUAAUAAGAAGCUUUGGGCAUGUUUGUGCAGGCACUAAUGCAUCUAAAAAUGCUAAUGGAUUGUGCGCCAUCCAUUUGUAAGAUUGUAGAUGCUGCUGCCAUGCUGAACAAAAUGUGAUAAGACAGAUUUUAAGCAGCAGGGGGGGUCGGCUGGUAUCAUUCAAUAAAUACAAUUAAACAAGGCGAAUGAUUGCUUGCCUGCAGUGUGAGAAAUUGUGGCAUUGCAGUAUCAGAUUUAACUGUAUGGGCAUGAGUGAAAAGGACAGCUCCAAGAAGUACUUGUUAAACGUCUCACUCAAAGUCCUCUAAGUCCUUGUCACUUGGAAUCAUAGGUUUGAAUCCAAUGUCUUCAUCUCAAGGGCUAUUGUAAGGACGCUACCAAACAAUUGCUUCCCCUUGGGAUGGUAGCAUGUGGGGAGGGAGUCAACCAGAGCUCCUGAGGUAAUACAGAGAUGGGUGAAUGGCGCACUGCCCCUUUCCCAUCCAGCCUGGCCUCAAACACCACCACUUUUCACCUGCCUGCCUCCUUAGAACCAGAUCAGGUGGUGACACUGCUUGUGGCAGAUUUCUCUUCUGUAAUCUCAGUGUUGCCCUUGUAGGACUCCAAAAGGAGCAGGAAAAUGGGGUUUAAUCUAGCAUUAGAUGGCAUUGCCUGUCAUUGACUCUGGCUCUACUUACUGUUAGUCUCCCUAUGUUAUGUACUGAGUUGAAUAGGAUUCAGAAUGCAGCAGUCUGAUUGGUCCUAGAUCAAAAGGGUCCAGAAUGCAGCAGUCUGAUUGGUCCACAGGAGUCCAAUCCAGUUCCAGGUGGAAGUGAAUCCACAACCUGAUUGGCCUACAGGUGAAUCCCAGAAUUAGCUAAUCACGUGGGGCCCAUUGUGUAAAUAAUGUAUAUAAAGCAGACAUUCUGGGGGAACUUCCAUUCUUCCUCACUACUAUGAGCUGAAUAAAGAGCAUGAAAUCCACAUUUGACUCCGAGUAUAUUUCACCUUGCCUCCCACCCUACCAUUCCCCACCGCCAUUUGCCACUAGAGAGAGGGAUGAUUCCAGGAAGGAGUGGAGAAAAGAAUACAAAGUUUCAUGCUAAGUAUAGGGAUGGAUGAAUCUUUCAUUGCUGGCUUCUUAGUUUCUAAUUUUUCCAAUCACAUUUCUGCAUCCAUUUCCUUUUUAAAAAAAUUCUAAAAGCAUUUUAGUGUUCGCUUCUCACAAUAAACACAUAUUUGCAAGCAACCCCCCCUAAUAUAAUGCAUUUUACAUGUUUUCAGUUGUAUUUCAAUUUUUAUGCACACCUUCCUCUAAUAUAUGCAUUUCCGUAAACGUUCUAAGGGUCGAGAACUGCAUUGCAGAAUUUGGAGAAGUGCUGGUUUCUAAAGAAAGUUGUGCUUUAGUUCACGUAUUUGCUUGGGAAAUGCAAAUUCGGUAGGGUCACACUGGAAUUACGGAUGCUACUGUUCAUUUGUGUAGCCAAAGCUGCUACAAAAGCAAAAUACAUGAAACAGAAUAAAAUGCACAGAGACGAGAACCAGACCGAAUUUGUCUCCCAACCCUAGAGAGUGGCACAACUGGCAAUGUGCCUUGCCUUAUCCCCAUCAAGACAUAAGGGCAGAAUUGAUGAGGACUGGAACAAAGACCAUUGCAAUGGUAUCUCAGCUGGGAAGCUAAGCUGAAACAGAAGCCAGAUGAGGGGGGCAAUAAAUCUAGUUCUGUAUAUCCAAGGACCUUUGGGGAAGGGAGAAUACAUGAGAGACAGAUAGGCUGUAUUAUUUUCCUUUUAUCUUUUGCCUUAGGAAGAAACCUCUGCUGGGCUGGAACCACAAACUUUGUCCUGCGCUUGACAUCACUGGAUGCUAUUAAAAUGGAACGUUAUGGUGUUGAGCUACCCUUGCUAAGCCGCUGCACAAAACAGGAAAUGGUAGGAAAACAUACUUCUCAGUAAAGCUACAAACUAAUGGCACAAGGUCAUAUUGUUCUGAAUUUUGUGUGCCUUUGUGUGUGUGGACACUGAAGCUGUUGUAUUGCAUGUGCUGAUAUUGCCAGAUAGUCACAUAUUUAUCUACAUAUUUUUUAAUAACCUUCUUGUACAGACUCAAUGGCACUUGCAAUGCAAGGGUGAUCGUUCUGAGGUAAACUGGUACUGUAUUCCCCCUUUCUUCUUCUCCUCCUCCUCCUUCUUCUUCUUCUUCUUCUUCUUCUUCUUCUUCUUCUUCUUCUUCUGUUGUCAGCUUAGGUUGCUUAUGUCUAUGCUACCUGGAGCAUAGUGUGGUAUGUUGGAAAUUAAAAAAGGGCAUGAGAAACUCUGUCCUGUUAAUAAUGAAACACCCCCCCCCCAAAAAAAAACAUACGAUGUGGUGGUGGUCGUCACUGAGAUAGAAGAUUUUGAAUUGGGAUUCGACAAAUUCAUGGAGGAUAUGGCUCGCAAUGGCCAGUUGCUAGUUAUGAGGGGCAUAUCCUACUAUCAAGGACCAGCGGCAGCACAUCUCUCUAAAUAUCAGUCACUGGGAAUAAACAUUGGAAAUGAACUUUUACUUGGCAGGUUGGAGAAUUCCGACAUAAACAAAAAUGGGAACAGAAAUUGCUAAUGUUUCUUUGUCACGUUUGCAAUGCAAAUCAAUCCAGCUUAGAAUCAGUAUUUGCUGUUGCUUUCAAGCCACAAAUGAGUACAUACCUCCAGCACUUGUGAUGUGUUUCCUUUGCACUGAACUGAAUGGGGUGGGAUAAUAUAUGUUACAUAGUUUACAUCAUUAAUUAUGUUACAUAUUUUACAGUAUUUUUCGCCCUAUAGGAUGCACUUUUCCCCCUCCAAAAAUGAAGGGGAAAUCUGUGUGCGUCCUAUGGGGCAAAUACAGGCUUUCGCUGAAGCUUGGAGAGCGAGAGGGGUCGGUGCGCACCGACCCCUCUCGCUCUCCAGGCUUCAGGAAGCUAUCAGCAAGCCUGGGGAGCCCGCGGGAGCCAGGCAUACAUCGGCCAGCCCCACAAGCUCGGGGGACAGCGGGGAGGCGCAGCGCCGCCAUCCCGCUGUUCCCCGACCUGGUUUUUGGGGGGAAAUAAAGGAAAAAAUUUUUCCCUUUAUUUCCCCCCCAAAAAACUAGGUGCGUCCUAUGGGACGAAAAAUACGGUAAGUUACAUAGUUUUGCCACGGUUGGCAGCAAGAUGAGUUGUUACUCAUCUUUUGCUUUUGUAAACAGAUGAACUGCAGCAGAAUGGAAAUGGUGCUGCUUGCAACAAAUAAACCACUUUGCAGAUUUUUGGCUUUUUUUUACAAUCAAGCAGCAUAUCUCAUGUAUAGUUGCACACAUGUUUGUUUCCUCGGGAUCUGGAACCCCAAUCCUUCAAGGGUGGGGCUACCAGGAAUGUCCCCCACAUAUUCCACAUGAAAGAUACUCCACAUGCACAAUGACAACAUGUUGUGGUUGUAUAAAACUGACACAUUUGAAAUCCAGCUUUGAAAUCCAGUGUACAUAAGGAGAGGUGAUUGGUUUUAACCACAAGUUUAAGCAACAUGCUGUAUUGGGGAGGGAAAGGGUGUGAGGAAAGGAGAGAGAAAGGGGGGGGGAAGAAAGGGGAAAUGUAUUGUUGAAAGGGUUUUGCAGUCUUUCAUCUACAAUAAUUAAAAGUCACAUUUACAAUGAUAAGAGUAAAUUCAUACUGUUCAGUACUGGCUUGCAUCAACUUUCUGUGAAACAUACUGAUAAUAUAUGAUGUGGCUUUAACAGUCAGAUAAAUGUGUCCUCCUUCUAAUGGAUAAAAGAUGCAGCUGUAUUGUUUAUAGUUUCCUGCCAAUCAAACACUCAAUCCCCCUGCUUUUUAUCUUCUUUAAAGGAAAUAAAGUCCAUAUAAAUAAUAAAAUUGUUAUUAAGCCAUCAUAAAAUCCCAUCUUAUUCUUCUGUGGGGUUUUUUUUGAAGUCUGGAAAAACUUAUCCAAUAUGCCUCUGUUUAGCAAGCCAUUGUUUGCACAGGGGGCACUGAGAGAACUUAGCAACCUUACAAUUGCUUCCUUGGCUGCUGUCUGCAUUUCUUUUAACCCCCAAUACUUCCACAAUACUUCCUGCCAACCUAGCAUCCUGCCAACCUAGCAGUUCGAAAGCACGUCAAAGUGCAAGUAGAUGAAUAGGUACAGCUCUGGUGGGAAGGUAAACAGUGUUUCUGUGCGCUGCUCUGGUUUGCCAGAAGCGGCUUAGUCAUGCUGGCCACAUGACCCGGAAGCUGUACGCCGGCUCCCUCGGCCAAUAAAGCGAGAUGAGUGCCGCAACCCCAGAGUCGGCCACGACUGGACCUAACGGUCAGGGGUCCCUUUACCUUUAUCUUACUUCCACAUAACAUUACCAAGCAACAUAACUUGCAGGGGGUUUGUGAUGUUCCACUUACUUUUCUUUCACUCACCCCCACCCCAGAGGAGCAAUGACUGUGGUGUAGUCCACUCACCAUCACUUGUCUUCAUCUCUGGUCAGAAAGGUUUUGCAGGUUAUUUCAAAAAAAUUGUGCCACCUGUUUGGACUAGAGCCGACAAACGAAAUAUUGGCACAGAGACACAGUGCCUCUCAAAGCACUAUCACCACUAUGCAAAACUAUUGUCUGCCUGGAUUCUACCGUAGGAGGAUGUCGAUUUUUAAUGGAAUUGGCGCUUUUGUUUGAUCCCCAUCUAUGGCUAGAUGAGAAGGUAUAAGCAUCAAAAAAUAAUGGAUUCCUUGUGGCGGCACUCUUCACUUUGCAGCUCAAUGUUCUCAUGUCAGCAGGAAAAUAAGAGCAAGACAUUCUGGCCUUGAAAAGAGCUGCCGGAGGGAAUGACACCCUUUUAUGCAGGCUUUCAAUCCUUAAGAGACGUAGCACUGUGCAGGUUUGAGCUAAUGAAUGACACUUUCAUGUCAAGCAGCUCCAAAAAGGCAAGGCUAGGAACAGAGUUACUGCUAACAUUUCUGGUUCUCUCUAAAAAAAAAAAAAAAAAAGAGGAAAAAAAGAGCCACCUACAUUUUUGACUUUCAAGUGUUCUCCUUAUGACUUUGAAGGGCGUACCUUGCUCUGAAUGUCGUUUGAGAAGUACAAAGUAGCGGAAGGGUUUCGGUAUCGAUUGUUUUAAUAUGUUCCAAUGCAGUUUGUGUAAAAUGCUGUACUGCAUGUUUCUUCUCUUUGAUAUUUUUAAAUGUUAACUUGGGGAUUUAUAUUUAAAAAAGGUGAGAGCAGUAUGCAAGUAAGGCACCUAUCCCAGAAUAUCCCACACAAAUGCCUAUUAAUAUUCAUAGUUUUUCUCCUGAAUGCCACUCAACCUAAGCAAAUGCAGACAUGGCCAUAUAUUUUUUUAAACGUAUUUUUUUAUUAAAGAUUUAUUGAUUUAGAAAAGUGUGUGCAAUGUCUCUUUUUCCAAGUUACAUUUUCUACAGAUCAGUUUCAUUUGUUGAGACAUUAGUGUUACAUUAGGAAGAAAAGGGGGGAAGAGGUGGAGGGGGGCAUGGUGGGUGGGGGUGGAGUCGGGUGGCGAUGUUUCUAUUUUACUUAAUCUAUGUGUGGGGUUUUGUAUCAGCAUCGCUUGUGCAGGUUCACUUUACUAUUCGCUUGUGUUCCUUUGGUGGUGAGAGAGGUUGGGGUUGGCCUAGGGUGUGGUUGUUUGUUUGUGAUUGGCUGUGGUGAACUUUGUUUUCAUGUGUGAGUGGGGUGGGUGGGUGUUCUUGAAUCAGGUUAGCCAUAUUGAUUCGUGUGCUGUUUGGAUUCUUGUUGGGCUGUGUAUGUGAUAAAGGCGAGUCAUACCGGGGUGAAAGCGUCUUCCUCCAUUUGUCCCCAUGUCAGUUUCAGCUUAUAGGUUAGUUUUUCCAAUAAGGCUGUUCCCCAUACUAUUUGGUACCAUUGGUUCAUGCUUACUCCUGGCAGGUAGGCAAGGCCAUAGUUGCUAGCCAUUUUGUAUUUCUGGAUUCAUGUCUAUUUUUUGCCCCUCCCUUCCCUUCAAGUUCCUGAUUUUAAGUUCAUACCCUCAGUCCCAUAAUUACGAAAGCCAUCCCGGCUUCUGAUUUGAUCCAGGGAUGCCCCUAUUUUCCCCACCCAGUGCCACUGUCACCCAGCUUGGGAAAGAGAGUGAGCCGGUGUUUGUUUUGAGAUGCGGUGGCGUCAGCGGCUGUUGCAGGGGAGCACCCCAUGGCCUAUUCAUGGCUGCUGCUGGCCUCCUCCCUUGGGUAGCUCGUAGGUGCUGCUGGAGAGCAGGCGAAGAGGAGGAGAGGCUGCUUCCAUCAAGCCCGUGUGACAUGCCAGCUCUGAGGGACAGGCAGAGGACAAGGCCGCCCUGGGCGGGAAGAAAUGGGGAGUGGAGCAGAGCACAAGGAGUCUCAUUUUUUAAAAAAAUUAAAAAUGCUUUCUGCAUCCAUGUCUAAUCUUGCCCCUUUCUAAAAUUGAUUUACAGUGGUACCUCGAGUUACAUACGCUUCAGGUUACAUACGCUUCAGGUUACAGACUCCGCUAACUCAGAAAUAGUGCUUCAGGUUAAGAACUUUGCUUCAGGAUGAGAACAGAAAUCGUGCAGCAGCGGCAUGGCAGCAGGAGGCCCUAUUAGCUAAAGUGGUGCUUCAGGUUAAGAACAGUUUCAGGUUAAGAACGGACCUCGAACGAAUUAAGUACUUAACCUGAGGGUACCACUGUAUUGGUGUGUGUUUUUCUUUUUGGACACACACACAGUUACACAAGUACAUGAAGGAUAGCUGUCAGUAUUGACUAGUCCAGGUAGCUAAGAGUGCAGCUUCUGUUUUCAGAAACAAUAGAUCUCUGAUCACCAGAUGCCAGUAAAAGAGGGAUGUCGUCAUCAACCCCUAUCUCUCAAGUGCCAUUUGGUACUUGUUCGGCCACUGCAGAUGGCCAGGAUGCUAAGAUCGGCAAAGUAUUAGGUUCUAAUUGUGCCACAACAUACGUCAUCAUACUGGUGUGAAUAGAUGCUUGAGGCUGCACAGGGUUAUUCUAUAAAAAACAUCCUUUUCAGGUGCUGCUUCUCCUGCAUAUGCACCAGUUUUUAUAAAAAUGACUCCUCCCUCAUUGUUGUUGAAAAGUUAACUAUGUUCUUCCAAUUUUUGAAUUCUGUUUAGAAAUUUUUUGUUUUAAAGCUUCAUCUUUGUACAUCCCUGGCAUGAUUUGCUUUGCUCUUUGAUCUCUGCUUCCAUCAUAUUGUUCAAUAUGGAUGAUGCCGGCUCGUUUAUUAGAUUUGAAAGCGGAGCACCUGACCUUGGUUUGUGUUAGCUGACCUUCAGACAUUUCCUGCCUUAACAGCUAGCAAAAGAGAACAUCUGGCACUCUGUGGUGCAAAGCCCCCAAACCUGCAAUUCCUUUUAAACAACUUUUCACAGUAGAGAAAAAUCCCAAAUUGCUCUUUCAACAUAACUUUUGUUUGCUGGUAAACUCCUUCCAGUUAAGCUUGCCUUUGUUUGCCGGGGGUUGGGUGGCGUGGUCCGGCUAAAUAUUCAAAAGUUAUAUCCUGAAGCUUUGUAUUAUAUAUACACCCCCACACCCCACACUUACUGCUGUAGCUGGAGGAGUUAGUGAAUUAAAAUGAUCAGUCAGCUGUUAGCAGUGGCUUCACCUGUCACCAUGGCAAUCGAAUGCUGUAAUUAUUGGCUUCCUAUUCCUCUUGCAAUGUUUAGGAUUACUUUUGCUUUAGAAUAUCAGGUUUUAUCCUUGUCGAGUCCAGUCUAGUGUUUACAUUUUAGCUGUUGUCUGCUCAUUUUUAUUUUUUUUUUGCUAGAUUGCUCAUUGUUAAGCCAAAUGAUCUACUGAUUGGAGCUAAUGGUGAGGAGAGAGCUGGAACUCUCUCUGUAUUUAAAUGAGACACUCUCAUUAGAGUGUUCCCCUUCCCAGCUGUUGGGAAGAGGUGAAUGUAAAGUGUGCAUGAAUGUGAAUCAACAGUAGCACACCUCAACAUUCCAUUUUUUUCUUGCAAGAGCAUGGCAGCCAAGAUGGCCGCCACAAUCUCCCAUGAUUUUGAGUUAUAAUCAUGCCUCCCCCCCCCCAGCACUAUUUUGGGGCAACGAUCUUGCAUGGCUGAUGUGACUCAUGUAGGAGUCCGGCCCUGGAAGAGGGUAUCCUGGUUUUGGACCACUUUGUAUUGGAGGACACACUGUAGUUUGGGGAGGGAAAAAUAGAAUUGUUAAUAGGGAUGGGUGAAUCUGUCAGUAUCAGCCUCAGCUUCUCAUUUUUGCAAUUAAAGUUCAGUUCACCACAUUUUCACAUCAGUUUGCAAGUUUUUUUUUUAAAAAAUGUCCUCUCAAAAAUAUGCCCACAUUUUAGUUUACAUACCUCCUAAUAUGCACAUUUUUUGCAAGCAAUUUCCCCUUAUUUAAGGCAUUUUUAAAAUUUUAGGUUCGUGAGUAUAUGGGUUUUUAUGCGCACUUUCCUGCAAUGUAAUAAUUUUUGUACACAUUUUUGUUGGAGAACUUCACUGCAAAAUUCAGAGAAGUGUGAAUUUCCAAAUAUUGCUAUGUUCACUUAUUAUUUUGGGUAGAACAAAUAAGGGAGGCUUGUGUUCAGAUAUGAACCAAACAGAAUUUCUCCCCUUUCCAUAGCUGUUGGCACUUUCUCUGUGGAUCUGAUGUAGGGUGUCAAAUCCGUAACCCUCUAAGAGUGCCUGCUAUUCUUCCAUUUAAGCUCUAUUUCUAUAUUUAUAAACAAAGGAAAUAUUACAAAACAUUGUAUGUCUCCUGCUCACUCAUCUCCUGGAGACCAGCGCUGCUAUGGAACAUCUCAUUGCUUGGGGGAAGUGAAGAACAAACAACAAUAUUCUCAUCUUGACUCCUUUGAUGAAAAGGAAGCAAACUAUGCUGUGUCAAACUUGUUUUCAAGCUACGAUUGGUUAGAGUUGGUUGCAAAGAUGACAGUCAUUCAAUACAAAUCUGAAGACUGGUUUCUAUUUAACUUGGAUUGAUUUUUGCAGGUAAAUAAUUGAUUCACACAAACUUACACUGCAAUCCUGUGUAUGUUACGUAGAAGUCUGCUUCCCGUCCUAGUAGGUGUGCACAGGAUUUCCAGCCUUAGAGGCUUUUGGACUUAGGUCACUUCCAGAUGGCCUGUUUACUGAGCAUUCAUCCUGAUUCCUUCGCAGUGAGGUUAUACAAUGUUGUAUCAGGCACUUUCCAGUACAUUCCAGUCACAUUUCUUACAGCAAAAAGACUGAUUGUGUAUGUGUUCUAUAAGAGCUCCAAAUCAGUUUUAAUUGGACCCACUGAAUUGACCAGUAUCUAAUUGAAUCUCACCUGAAAAUAGCAAUGGAAGGGACCUUAAACUUACACGAAUGGUUACUGUGUCGUAGAACAGAUCAACAGGUCUAUCUACUUUCCAGAGCUAGUCCCAAAGCAACAUUGAUUAAGCCUUUCAUGACUCCAGCCCCUUCUGACCACAACAUUGCAGCAGUUUCUCCUACGCUCUUGCAGCAAUUCUUUACCAGAUCAAUGCUUUCACUUGGUACGCAUAACUUCCAGAUAUGGUCCAAGUACAUGCCUGAGACAUUAAUCCCCAGACCCAUGGAACACAAGUAUUAACUGAUUUCUUUGGCUAGAGUUACUUUUUUCUUUGUUCCCUUUUCUGUUCUUUCCACCAUCAAACAAAGGAAAGCAAUAUUAAGCCAUGGUAGCUUGGGUAGAAUUUAUAACUUAGCAAGUGAAAGCAAUAUCUAUAAUCCUCUUUGGGCUAUAUCAGGUCCUUGCUCAAUGACCUCCUUCCACAGUAUGUAUUUCUGUGAAGAGCUUUUUACUUGAACUUUGUGCACUGAGCACUCAGAGGCACAUACCAUUGAUUUCUAUCUGCCAGGCAAGAAAUAAAGGAGUUUGUGGAGUGGUGGGUUGAUGAUGCUGAGGUGAUCCAUUGUGUGGAGCGAAAAGGGCAGAUGCUCUGCUUCUGUAAUCCUCAGUUGGACUCGAUACACAUUCAGAUGUGCAAAAUUUCCUUGGCUGCAAGUAUAUAACAGAACAACAACAACAAAAUCAACCCAGCAAAUGCAGAAGUAAUUAUUUCAUUUUCUGAUAUACAAAGCAUGUUAAUCAGAAUGUUCAUAUGGGGGUUGUGGCAUAUCCUCCUCACUCUGCACUCCUCCUUUUUCUCUCAGAGUAGCGCCAUAAGCCACUUCACCCUGAGAAACUGCUUGCGGUGAAAGACAGCUGCCGUGUUCUUCUGCAACCUCAUAUUCUCACCUUGGGGCAGUAGCAACCCCAGAUUCUCCCUCAGAUGCAACUUAGUUUAAAGGUCUGAAGGGUGUCAUACAAACUCAAGAAGUUCCUGCUGGAUCAGACCAGUGGCCCAUGUAGGCCAGCAUCCUGUUCUCACAGUCACUAAUCAGAUGGGGAAAAUAGCAAGGAGCAUCACAAGAGCACUCCUGUGGUUUCCAAGAACUGGUAUUAAAAAGCAUAGUGCCUAGGUUGGUGAAUGGAGAGUAUCCUGUUGCCUUCUUACAAAACCUACCCAUUUUCACACUCCCCAUCUUUGCUGCUGUUUACUAGAGAACACUUUUGUUUCUGUCUCUGCCCACUACCAGCAUAUAGCUCCCAAAAGAUCACCCCAGAGCAGGCACCCCCAAACUCGGCCCUCCAGAUGUUUUGGAACUACAAUUCCCAUCAUCCCUGACCACUGGUCCUGUUAGCUAGGGAUGAUGGGAGUUGUAGUCCCAAAACAUCUGGAGGGCUGAGUUUGGGGGUGCCUGCUCCAGAGGAAAUGCGGCUCUGCUCAGAAACAUGUCUCCCUAACCCCAGUUUAAGAACUGGGAGUGGGGGCUGUAAAAUAUCUGUGUUUCCUGCAUCGAAAGGUUUUCAGAUGUGUAUUGAUAAUCCAUAUUCCCUAGUCUAAAAACAAACAAAAACAAACAAACAAAACACCAAUAGUUAGGCAAAGGUCCUACCUUGAGAAUAAAAUCCCGGGGCAGGGCUCAUCUAGCUUCUAGUUUAUCAUUUUAGUUGAUUACCAGUCAGUGGUCACAAUGCAUAGAAGAGGCAGAUGUUCUGAAUACUAUUUUGCAUGCUGUUAACAGCUAAAUUAAUGGUAAAUGGAAGUAGUAAUUCCUGGUAAAAUGUGAGCUACUUUGAGUGAAAGUUUUGCCACAGGGCUUGAAAUGAUUUGAAGCCAGUAUGGUAUUUGAUAUGAUGUAAUAUGAACUUUUCAAAUAGUGGGUGAUUGAUUGUUUGAUUUAGAUAGCUUUGUCAUACUGCUUGGUUCAGUGUUUGUUGAGCAGAAAUAACAAGAUAUGUCAGGUGGCAGAGAAACCCAGUUUUAAGUAUAUAUUGGGUGGGGAGUAUUAUCUUUCUCAUUCAUGAGAGUGCAGAUUGCAAUCUUCCCCAAACAAAUGUUAACGAUAAUGGAAGUCUGAAAUAGAAGGCCCAUUAAUAAAAGUGGUUUACUCUGUUCUGUUGGGAUAGCCAGUCUUUCCACCCAUCACACAUUUUCAUUAGAGGACAUUGUUAAACCCACUCCAUUACAGUCUUCUGUCAUGUUAGAAAAUCUCUCUCCGUAUUUGGUCUGUAUACUCAGUAAGUUUUAUUGAGGGAGUUGGGGCAGGGAACUACCAUGAGCCAUAAAGAACACUCCAUUAAAAAGUAUUGAAAAGGGGCUGUGGACCUUAGAAAUAUGAGAGCUUUUUCAAGAAUUCCAGAUGACUAAGGCAGGGACGCGGGUGGCGCUGUGGGUUAAACCACAGAGCCUAGGACUUGCCGAUCAGAAGGUCGGCGGUUCAAAUCCCCGUGACGGGGUGAGCUCCUGUUGUUCGGUCCCUGCUCCUGCCAACCUAGCAGUUCGGAAGCAUGUCAAAGUGCAAGUAGAUAAAUAGGUACAGCUACGGCGGGAAGGUAAACGGCGUUUCCGUGUGCUGCUCUGGUUCACCAGAAGCAGCUUAGUCAUGCUGGCCACAUGACCCGGAAGCUGUCUGCGGACAAACGCCGGCUCCCUCGGCCUAUAAGUGCGCAACCCCAGAGUCGGUCACGACUGGACCUAAUGGUCAGGGGUCCCUUUACCUUUACCUUUAAACUGCCGGCAACAGUGCUUUGUUGGUAAAAUAAAAUAAAUGGAGGGGCCAGUACUCAUAUCUUGGUACAAGUGUUGUGGAUGCCUUCACAAUAUGGCUUCCAUGGUCACUAAAAAGUAAAUAAGUGAUGUUGCUCCAUACCAAUGAGUUCUGUCACACACAAAAAGCACUGGUUAAAAGGAUCUGAAUAAUAAUAAUUUUUUAAUUGUGCUGUGAUGUAGCCAGACUUUCCCACCAACUUUGUUAUAAUUAGAAAGACAUAUGGUUGUGUUUUAUAAUUAAUUCCCACAAAUUAGAUGCUUUUGGAGUUGACUGAUUAGUCUUGUGCAAAUGGUUGCAAUGUUUUCAUUGUUUAAAUCUGUGUUAUCCUAACACAGGCAACGUGCAUAUCAAAAACAUCUGCCAGACCUGAAUCAAUUAAAUCAUAUUCAUUCUCUCUCUCUCUUUUGGAAAGGAGGGAUUUGAUUUCUGAAUUCAUGCAAACCAAUGAACAAAAUUCAUUAAAAUGAAUACCACUGAGCUGUGUACACAUAUUUCAAAUUGUUUUAAGCUUUUUGUACACAGAAUCUAAUAUUUUCAUAGUACACUUAAGGAAGGGGGGCUAGCUAAAUUUGUGAAACCAAAAUAUGAGAAUAAGCCCUUUUUAUUUUGUAUUAUAUUAUUAUUAUUAUUUAAAAGUUUGUAUACCACAAUUUCAUAACAAAUAUCAAAGCAGCUUAUCACAAUUGUAAUGCCAUAAAAACCACAGACAAAAAAAAACCAGAUCACCAGCUGACUAUUUUGGAAAACGUUUUUCUCAGUUCUCUGCAUUAGCCUGGCAGUUAAUAAAAGUUUUCAGCAAAUGUUUGAAAGUUAGUAUAGAAGGGGCCUGCUAGAUCCUGAAUGAAAGAACAUUCCACAGGAGUGAGCCAAUAACACUGAAGGUUCAGUUUCGUGUUAAUGUCAGAUGAGCCUCACCAACACGGAGCACAACCACUGACACUCUUACAGAUGAUCUCAGUGAUGGCCCUGGGAUAUAUUGUGCUGACUGACAGCCAAACCAGACGUGAAGGGAGAGAUCUGUGAUUGGGAUGGUCUGUGGUUUUUGCUUUUAGCUCCCGUGCCAUUGCUCUGAAACAAGUCCCAUCAAAGUUGCAGAAAACCUGACAUUUGUUCUGAUUCAGCUUUAAAGAGUGGGUUUUCGCAGGGAAAGUUUGAGGCAAAACCAAACAAACCAACAAAACACUCAGACAUGCAGCGUCUCCCCACACCCAACAUAAAAUAAAAAUAAAAGGUAUCAUUGCAAGAGUUGACAAUUACAAUUCCAUGCACAUAUAUGAUAUAUAGGUAUUAUUAUUCAAGCACAUAUGUUUAUUUUUAACCUACUAUAUUUUGUAUGAAUGUGUUCCUAAUGUCAUUAUACUUGUCCAUGCAAACUCUGCGCCAAUAAGUAAUCUGCCCAUAAGUUGAAAGUGUAGUCAUAUCCUCAACCCGUUGAUUAUAUGGAGCCAUACACUUAUAUUUCCAGUGCAUCCGUAUCAGUACAGUAUUUUGGCCAUGGUAAGGGCAUGAAUAAUCGUUUAACUUGUCCAGUUGUCAAAUUCCAUAUAGUAGGCAUGUACUUCAAAAGAAUAUUUUCCUCUGGAUUUUUUAAACUUUUUCCGCAUAGUCACGUUUUUAUAAUCCACUACUUUCUCCCAGAACUUAGUAAAAACGUGUGUUUUAAGACACAUGUAAAAACAGGUGUUUUGAGGAAACAUUAUUCAUACAACAACAUGCUGUUUUAGACAGUCCUUUUCUGUACAAAUGUAGUGGAGUUCCUAUAACAUGGGUAGGCAAACUAAGGCCCGGGGGCUGGAUCUGGCCCAAUCGCCUUCUAAAUCUGGCCCGCAGACGGUCCGGGAAUCAACAUGUUUUAACAUGAGUAGAAUGUGUGCUUUUAUUUAAAAUGCAUCUCUGGGUUAUUUGUGGGGCAUAGGAAUUUGUUCAUUCCCCCCCAAAAAUAUAGUCUGGUCCCCCACAAGAUCUGAGGGACAGUGGACCGGCCACCUGCUGAAAAAGUUUGCUGACCCCUGCCUAUAAAUUCGAAGACGUGGAGCACUAAAGUGCAGACCUCUGCCUGGAAAGAGCGGAGUGAAAGAUAAGUGUGGAUAAGCCCUUAGUUUUCUUAAAUAUUUGCAUUUGAAGUAAGCACAGAACAAGGCAGCCUUGAGAGCUGGAAGUUCAACUCAUUCUCCUUGGUAAAGUCAAACUUUUAAGUUCAAUAUAUUCAAUUUCAUGGUCAGUGUACUUAGGAGACAAAGCCAUAUUCUGUGCCAAUAUUUGAAAAGGCCCAAACAGGCAGAUUCAGGACUCUCUCUUUAACCCUGAUGUUUGUGUGCUUUGGUCAUAAGCCUGUCUGUGUGUGUGUGUGUGUGUGUGUGUGUGUUAAAUACAAAUUUCAGAUCCUCUUUCCAAGGCCAUAAUGCCACAUCCAUCUGAUGUUUUGUUUUUUAAAAAGGUAAAGGAUCCCUGGAUGGUUAAGUCCACUCAAAGUUGACUAUGUGGUUGUGGCACUCAUCUCGCUUUCAGGUCGAGGGAGCCGGUGUUUGUCCACAGCAGCUUUCCAGGUCAUCUGGCCAGCAUGACUAAACCUCUUCUGGUGCAACGGAGCACCGUGAUGGCGCACGGAAACACCAUUUACCUGCCCACCACAGUGUUACCCAUUUAUCUACUUGCACUGGUGUGCUUUCAAACUGAGGUUGGCAGGAGCUGGGACAGAGCAACAGGAGCUCACCCCAUUGCGGGGAUUCGAACCGCCGACCUUCCAAUCGGCAAGCCCAAGAGGCUCAGUGGUUUAGACCACAGCACCACUCCUGCCCCUAACCAGAUUUCUACCAUAUGGUGUUGUAGCUAAUCCAAGGUAUUGCUGUCACUGGUAAAGUAUACUCCCUGCCCCCCGUUGCACAGUAAGAUUUUAUGAAAGGUUUUCAUACUACCAUAAGACAACAGUGACAAAAAUACUAUAUAUAUAUAUAUAUAUAUAUAUAUAUAUAUAUAUAUAUAUAGGCCCUUACCACCCAUAAAAGUUAGUAGCCCCUCCCAGCUCUCACCUGGGAUCUUUCCUUUCUCCUUCCAGCCUCUCACCCUGAGACUGGCAUUUUCAUCUGCCAGUUACAUAAAAAGGGAGGGGAAAAAAGUAUUGAAGACAUUCAGUCCAUGAUAACAUCCAUCUUCUCCACUUUCUGUUAGGAAAUAUUUCAUAUACGAGUCAAAGUGUCUCUGAAGUAUUGUUUAAAAUAUCCACGUAAUACCUCUGGAGAUCCUGUGAAUACCCGAGCAAAGCUUACCUUCUUAUGAACUGCCCAAGCUCCUCUUUAGUGUUUCACAGCAUCCAAGGAAAGCUGCCUUGUAUCAAGUUUGACCAUUGGCCCAUUUAGCUGAGUAUUGUCUAUGACCAUUGGCCAGCUUGUGUCUUUCCCAGUCCUACAUGGAGUUGCUGGCGUUUGAACCUGGGACCUUCUACAUGCAAAACUGAUUCUCUACCACUGAGCUACCUGUGAUUCUUCUUUCCAGCUUAUAGCACAAGUCUGUCCUUGAACUAUGCCUGUUGGAUGAGUAUAAACAGCUACUAAGCCCCUUGCAGUGGUAUAACUGUGGCUGCCAGUAUAGCUGGGCUAUAGGAUAGGACAGCCCAUUUUGAAUCUCGAAGCCAAUGGGAUCAAGUAGUCUUAGUCAAGAGUUAGGUGGGGGUGACCGAAAUCCUCAGUGCUGAAAACCAGUGAGAGCCAGUGUGGUGUAGUGGUUAAGAGCGGUGGACUCGUAAUCUGGUGAACCGGGUUCACGUCUCCGCUCCUCCACAUGCAGCUGCUGGGUGACCUUGGGCCAGUCACACUUCUCUGAAGUCUCUCAGCCCCACUCACCUCACAGAGUGUUUGUUGUGGGGGAGGAAGGGAAAGGAGAAUGUGAGCCGCUUUGAGACUCCUUCAGGUAGUGAUAAAGCGGGAUAUCAAAUCCAAACUCCUCCUCUUUCUUCUCCUCCUCCUUCCCCCUUUUGAAUUUGAAACGUGUUUUGCCAUUUUAUAUAUUUAUUACAUGCAUUAGAACUUCAGCUCAUGGGUGUGGCCAGGAUUUUUUUGGGGGGGAGGCCUUUGUUAGGCGAGGCAAAACCAACAUGAUUGGUCAGUUGGUCAGUUAAAUGUUUCUAUUUUCUUAUUUGAUCUGGAGGGAGGCCCCCCUUGGCUGCACCCAUGUUUCUGCUUUCCAUUUGAGUUGGAAGACCAAAAAACAAACACACACACAAAAACAAACAAGCGAAAAAGCAAGCAGUCUAAUGAUAGUCCCAAAGGGGGUUGGGAGUGUACUGUAUGUUUCUGAAGCUGCACUCCUGCACAUACUUCUGUAAGUAACUCCCAUUGAACUCUGUUGGAUUUACUUCUGCAUGGACGAUUAAACUGGGAGAGCCAUUUGAGGCCCUUUUAAAUAGCAACUGUGCCUACCAAACUGUGCCUGCCUUCCUUUGCAUAUUCUGUGUUUUUAGAGCUCAUCCUCUGUCACAACCAGGCUCUGCUGCAGGAUGCCUCUGAAUUGCAAGAUGCUUGGGAACAGAAGCAGCUGCGGAUUUAGGGGACUGCGAUCCCUAAAUCCGGGUGCUGGAAAUUUUUUUUCACCAUGGCCCAAACCCGUCCUGGAAAGUCCAUGUAAAUAUCAGGUUCUGGUGUUAAUUCCAGUUAAUGGAUGCAGGGGAAAUAUAUAUAUAUAUAUAUUUCACUUCUUUAAUUUGACCAGGAAUAGAUAAAUUCUUCUAGCACAUUUAGGAUACUUAAGGUGGUGAAUGAAGAAACUUUAACUCUGGUUAAUACAGCUUGGAAGCAGGAGGGACAGUUAGGUUUUGCUUAUUAGGUAAUGGACAGCUCUCACGAGUGGGACUGAUGUUCUGGGCUCAGCAGGCAUGAAAAUGGAAUUUUGAACCUUUAAAAUAGAUGCAAGAAGUGUUAAUAUAGGGCAGGCUCAUCACAGGCAUACAGCUGUCAUUUUAUUUAUUCAGCUUUCUUUCGUUUUUAAUCACCUAACCCAAAGACCAGAAGACUGAUUAUACUGGAAAUAUGUAAAGAGCAAUAGACAUAUGAUGAGGGGAAAUGAUAGAGGAACUCAAACAAAAGGAAACAUUAUGAGCUUUAACAAUGGAGUGCUGGUUCAGUCAUAUCCUGAGAGCACAUUUGCCGUCUGAUCCAGAGAGAGCUGCUGUUUAUUGACAGUAGAAGGAGGUGGAAGAGAGGAGCUGACAGUCACAGUGAAGAUGAGGGUGCAUAAAAGAUGUAAGAAUUCAAAUUGGCUUUGGAAAGGUCAUUUUGCAUGACUCAUGGUAAAUGUCAGAGACUCUUUUUUAGGGUUUCUUGAUAAGCCCAUAGUCCUUUUGGUCUCUGUAACUAGUUAAUCAGAUGGACAUCCCGCUUCCUGAACCUGCAUAGAUAAAUUGAAAUGGAACUUCAUUUGCAAGUUCUCGUGCUUUAAUAUGAAAAAGUUGGUGUGUGCUGGGUGUGUUACCUGGAGAACAGCUUUAUCCUGACUUGGGCACCUGUUUAGCAUCUGAUGCCAAGGAGGUGACGUAAUUCUUGUCUAGACACCUCCUAGUCUAGGUGUCUCUUGGGCACUGUUGCAUUCCUCCUUCCUAACAUUAAAUCUAUUGGUUUUAACAUAAUCAAUGCAUUCAAACCCAAGCUGGAAGUGGAACGCUAAACAGGUUGGGGUACUGGGUGAGGAAUGAAAUGAAUUGCGCAAAAUACUUGCAACGCGUUUGGGUACAAAUCACAUGAAAAAUGGCAUGGCUAGCCAGACAUAACCAGCAACAUCUGCCACUCUGGGCAAAGUCAGAAAAGCCAUUUCCUCCCAAAUCACCUUGACUCUUAUGUGGCUAACCCUUUGAUCCUGUUUCUGAAAGUUUGUCAAUUUAACAAUAGUUAGUGAACUUGAAGCCUUGUCCAGGCUUACCUGUUAGUCCUCUUUGUGGGUGUCAGGAGUCCAGAGAUAGCAUAGACAAAAGUCACCAUACUUUAAGAAAAAGGGGAACAAAUCCAACUAGAGACAAGGGCAAAAGUAUCAACAAGGCAGCAGCAAUAGCUUUGAGGAAGCAGGAGGGACGCUGACUAACAAGGUCAUGGUGUUACAUGCUUGGCUUCAGCAGUAAUUUAGGACUGAGGUUUCUGCACUGUUCACGACAAAGCACUUAAUCUGGAGCUUUUCCUUUGUGUCUUACUCAUGUACCACCACCUUAGACUCCUAUCAUCUUAUCACUUUAGGUCAAGGGUGAUGUUGGGCAUCUUUCAGAGUAAGGUCCUUGAGGCAUUAAAUUUUACAGGAGACUUUUUGAGAGAGCCAUCCUCGUUUCAUCACUGUCCUGCUGGAAAGAUGAUUAAGAGCUCUGUUCUUGGCCAAAGUGCAGUGAAUUAGCUUCCUGUCUAGCUCACUCGCUUUAUUAUUUAUUAACUUGCUAGGCAGAGACUGUGUGGGCUGGCAGAUGGAUGGGGCCGAUUAAAAACAAAACAAAAAACAGCCUAUUGCAGCUGACCUAACCCAGAAGUAUCAAUGCAGCUCAGUGCAAGAAAUGUUAUUUUCCUUCACCUCUACGUGUAUGGAGCAACACUUGUGCCAGGCCAAAUCCCCAGAUUUUGAAGUGAACAUGCACAUUUAACAUUUGCAGAAGUUUUGGACUGAUAAGAGCCUGGAGAGGAAGGGAGGGGAAGGGCUUGCAGAGUUUGUUAGACUUCGUGAGAUUGGAACUUCCGACUUGUAUGUUCUGAGGUUGGCUGGGUUGGUAUGCUUCAUGCAUUAAUUCCUUUCUGGCCUACUUCAAAAGCAAAGCCAAAGAUCCUCAAUGAAGUAUUUGUCUCUGCGGAGGAUACUUAGCGUGAUUGCAAGGGCUAUAUAUUACGUUGAAACGGGGGAUGUUUUCCUUGUGAUUUCUUGGCUUGAGGAACAGAGAAAUGCAAAAUGAAUGAAAUAAAAAGUUGCUAAACAAAAUGCAAGGUCAAUUGUUGCUCUCUCGGAGGAAAACUGUAACUGUUAAAACCGUUACGGUUGUCAUUUCAGGCCCAUCUGUGGCCUCCCACAGAGCUUUUACAUUCCCUUCUCUUGGAUUCAUUUUCUCAUGGCCCAGCUUGUAACCUGAAUGCUAAAUGUGUAGGUGGCAUAAAUAUAUUAUGCUUUGGUGGAGCUGUAUCAUUUAUCAUGCAAAGAUGUUCUCUUCUCCAAGGAGAUGAAGCUGCUUGAUGAAAAAUCAGAGCAUUGCCUUUUUGUUAAAUAAUAUAGUCUGCUCUAUUUUAGGAGAAAUGGAUUAGUAUGAGAGUUGCCAGGUCAGGAGCAUACCAGAUGCUGAGUUUUAAGGUUCCAAACCUGAGACUUGGGGCAUUGCCUGGUGAUGUCAUGGAGGAGGUCCCAGGUGAUUGGAAGAGGGGAGCGAAAGAGGGCAGAACUCCUAGAGUGUCUAUGCUAUAAUUUGCAGCCAGCUCCUGCCAGGCUGGAGUCUUCUUAAAUAUUUUUUUCUUAUUAUUAUUAUUAGAGGCACUCUUGCCCACCAGGAGAUUCAAGUCCUGCACCUGCCACCUGGAGGGAACCAGGGAACCCUGGAGACUUCAAGUCAGACCUGGAGGUCUGGCAACCCUCAUUAGCACUAAAGACUGAAGUCUGGUGUCUUGUGUGAUAUGAUAACUUUUCACAGAUUGCCAUUUUUCUUUCAUUUCAGCCAGUGCUGCAGUCAGAGAGACUCCCCUGUGGUUAGGGCUGUCAACUGAUUAAUGAUUUUGGUUGAUGGAUCAUCUACUUUUCAACUGAUUGAUCAGUGAAUCAUUAGAAAAACAAACUUUUUUUUUUUUUUUUGCAAAACCUCAGUACAGGAGCCGUUCAUGGAUACUGAAACAGGAGUAGGGUAACAUACAGAUAAAUCAGCAAAAGCCACUGUGCCUUAUUAGGAGGAAACAUUUUAUUUUUCAUGUCCAGUUACAAUGGCUCAAAACCACUGUGGCCUCAAAAUGCAAACAAGUCUGUCAUUAACUCAACACUCUGCAACUAUAAUGGUCUCCACUGAUUCAUCAGUUAAAGCUUUGGUUUCUCCACUUGUGCAUGGGAAAACCAAACCUGGUUGCCGUGGUGACAACUAGGUCCAUCCUGUCAUGCAGUAGGCAGGGCAAAAUGCCAAGGAAGCACUGACAAAUGAUGGGACAGCAUGGCCUGCAACAAUUAUUUCCCCAUGCUACUUCAAGGCCGUGGGGGGCAUCUAAGGCAUUCGUUCUGUUAGGUCAAGGAUUCCCACUGGCCCACUGGAAUUUUACUGCCUCCUUGCACUUCUGGAGAAUUGGGGGAACGCUUGGAACAGAUGAGAGGGAGGGAAAGUUCCAUUGCACAGCCAAAAGUCAGGACAGAUGUGUUGGAUACCUCCCAUUCUUCCUUUCAUAGGAAGUGGGCGGAGGUCAGCCUUGGCAAGAAAGUUGCCCACAAAGAUUCAGGAGGGCAAGGCUGAGGAGAAGAAUAUGUCAACCAGCAUGGGCUUUAUGGUUAGGGGAGCUACUUAUCAUUCCUCCAUCAGCUGUUGCAUGCCAGGGGAUAACAUGGGAUCGAGCCUUCUCUGUAAAGGCGCUCUGACUGUGGGAUUCUCUCUCCCUGGAGGCAUGGAAUAGAAUUCCAGUUCUAGUUGUCACAUAUUUGUUCUCCUGGAUGUUUGGUGAAUGAAAUCUAGGCUGUUCAAGGUAUUAGCAUAUGCUGAACAGCUGCUCUUAAUCUGUAAUGGUUUUAUAAAUGACCGAUCCUUUUUGUUGUUUUAUUGUAUCAUACUUUUAUAGUGUUUUUGGAACCCCCGCUCUGUGAUCCCUUUGUAAUAAAAAGAGGUUAAAAAGUCUUGUUCAUAAAUAAAUAAAUAAAUGAAAGAGAGAAUCCUCAGAGCUCCUAAGACCUGCCAGAGAGCCCAGGAAGGAAGAGAAGGAGUGAUUUGAAUGUCCUUUUCUUAAACUGAGACCUCAGGACUUAAGAAGCUGCCAGAGAUGCCGAGCGACAAGUGCCAGCCCCUUCUCCCCCAACCACAAAUAACCAAACUGAUUGCACUGUAUCCAGUGUAGCGCUAAGUCACAGUCACUCAGUGGUGUACUUGUUGCACAGGUGGAACAUAGCUGUGCAGGGGGAAACACAAGUAUGUCACCAGAGAUUGUUGUGCAACAGGAACGAUCUGAUCCACACAAAAACUUUAGCUAGCGCAACAGUUGCAUUGGAUUCCUUUGUUGCACAUCCAUUGAACUCUGCCAUCCUCUAGCACACGUGCUCUUGGAUAUGAUGGAAAUGACUCAUCCUGUUUAAUGUUGGGGGAUAGCUCAACAAAAAGCCUCCAUCAACCCUGAGAUUGCCCAAGUGGUAUUCCCAGGUGCAGGCUUCUGGAGAUGUCUCCAGGCUACUCUGAAGACAAUAUCACCAGUGAAUUACCAAUGGCAACUGGGAUUCCUGCAGAAUUUUCUUGAAGCUGUUUGGGUUUUUCACAGGUACAUUAUCAAUAUAGUACUAUUUGGAAUAGAAACCUUGGUUGGCCAGUAAGAAAUUAACUGGCGGAGAAUACCUCCAUUUUGACAGGAGAUUGGUUCUAGAGACCCAUGGGCAAGGCUGGAUUUAGGUUUGAUGGGGUCCUAAGCUGCUGAAGGUAAUGGGGCCCUUUAUAUGUCCAGCUGUGCUUUGUCAACAACAAAUUGUCACUGUUUUUUGUUGUUGAAUAUAUGCUAUAUAGUAACUUAUGGACCUAAUAGGUAUGUGGGUUUUAUUUUAUCUUAUCUUAUCUUAUAUUUUGGAAAUAUACAUCCAGUUUUUUCCCUUUACAUUUUUUGGGGGCCCCCAAGAGAGUGGGGCCCUAAGCUACAGCUUGUUUAGCUUAUACGUAAAUCUGGCACUGUCCAUGGGCUGCUUCCAGGAUGCAGUUGCAUAUGGGUUGUUGUGAGCAAAAUUCAGGGAACCCUGCCUCCGGUAACAGCAAAAACAAAAGACCAAAGUCCCAAUGAGCAAAGGAGCUGUAGAUUCUGAUGAAUAAGGCUAAAUGGAACUGAAUGUUCCUCCUCAUUAACUGUGUUCUAACUCUUCAAUAUCAAGUAGCCUUUCAGCACCGAGUUGGUAAAAUUUCAGCCCUUGCCUUUCAGCCAAUAAUUUUAUCAACCUUUCUUUUGGGAACACAAUGUAUGUUUCUAAGGAAUCCAGGUCCAUAAAAACAUGUUUGCAUUUCCAGAGUGGCUGGUUCCCCAUUCAGAGCUGAUGAUUUGCCAGACUGGCUUAACAAAAUCAGGAAGCGUAAUAUUUAUCCCAGAGACAAGCAUAAUUAUGCACAAUUUUUAAAAUACAAAAAUCGUAAUCAUGGUGGUUGUGGUACCCUAACAGCCUGAUCUAAUGCAUGUCUAAUCAGAAGUGAAUCUAGUUGAGGGCAAUAAGCUCUGCUUCCAAGUAGGCAUGGUUAGAUACCUUUCCAGGGUUGAGUUUAUAAUGGUUCAGAGAAGAUCAUUAAUAUAUUAUUUUACUGAGCUUACAGAAUGCAGGUGAGAUGCAUUAUAGGAUUCUUCUAUAAUAUUCUGCUAAGCACAACAUUAAAAUUCAGAUGUCUGCCAAAGAACAAUUUUUAGAAAUUUCCAUUUUUAUUAUCAUUAGCUAUAUUCCCCAAAUUGAUUGUUCCUGGCAGACCAAACUAUUCACCUGUCUUCCAUCUGACAGAAUCUAUCCCACACUAGCCAGUGAAGAGGAUCAGAAAGAGAAGGUAGACAUAAAACAUGAAACAUUCUCCACAAUGAAUGGCUCAGCCGGUCAGUCAGACUGUACCAGGUAUUGUGGAGCCAGACAACAGUUAUCUUGGAUAUAACACUUCGGUUUAUGACCCUGAACCUGAGCACAAUAGUUGGAGUUUGAGAAACCCCGACUAUCACAAAUCAGGAAAGAGAUUAUCUCUAGAGACUCUGAGAAUAAGACAUGUCCAUCACAUUUGAAUAUACACUGCAGCAUGUCAUGUCUGGCCAAAAGUUUGUCUUAAGUUCUGUUUUGUGAGUCAUUUGGGGACAAGCUUCACGUGUCAUCAGAUUAUUUAUGUUAAGUGAUGGUUUGACAGCCUGCUGUGCCUGCCUCCCAGUCAAAACGUGGGGGUCUUUCCACACCCACGGUAGGGCAAGCUUGCUUAACGGCCCUUGGGAUGGUUCAGCCCACGAAGGGCCUGGAAUGUCAUACUUUACUGCAGAUGGAUUGGUACACUGAUUCCUCUCUAUAUGCAAAUCAUAACAGUGGAAGGUGACAUUAGGCAUAACAAAUGCUCUAUUGAUACCGUAAUUUCUUGUUUGGUUAAUAGCAACAGUGUUCUUUCAAGAGGCAAUGGGCCGUACUUUGAUUUGACUGCUGGGAUUUACUCUGUUGUUUCGAAUCAAUGUGCACUUUAUUCCAAGAAUCUUUUAAUUCUCCAGUCGCCACAUCAUUUUAGCUUGAGAGAAUGCAAAGGCCUAUUUUUGGUUCCCCCCUUCUCCUGUUGCUCACACCAUAGACUCUGACACACACAAUUUAUACUGAAUUCCAGUAAGUUCCACAAUGUUUAUAUUGCUGCCUAUUUUAAUGAAAACAAAUGUUGCUUUGAUAGGAUUCUUAUAUGUUAGAACCCCGUUCCAUUUCAUUUUGUGGCACUAAAACUCCUUUGAUUGAGUAUUUAAAGCCAUUUAUUGACAUGUCUAUCUCCUUCAGGUAUCUGAAGAAGUGUGCAUGCACACAAAAACUUGUACCAGAACAAACUUAGUUGGUCUAUAAGGUGCUAUUUAAAUUUCCCCUAAGAUAGUAAAAAGGGAUGCGGGUGGCGCUGUGGGUUAAACCACAGAGCCUAGGACUUGCCGAUCAGAAGGUUGGUGGUUCGAAUCCCCGUGACAGGGUGAGCUCCCGUUGCUCGGUCCCUGCUCCUGCCCACCUAGCAAUUUGAAAGCACGUCAAAGUGCAAGUAGAUAAAUAGGUAUCGCUCCGGCGGGAAGGUAAACGGCGUUUCCGUGCGCUGCUCUGGUUCGCCAGAAGCGGCUUAGUCAUCAUGCUGGCCACAUGACCCGGAAGCUGUAUGCCGGCUCCCUCAGCCAUUCCCUCUUUGGAAGAGGAAAUGGGUCUCAGUGAAAAUUGAUAUAAACGUAAUACAUAAAAUAAGUAAAAUACAAUAAAAAAUAAUAGUAAACACAGUACAAACCUGAAUAGCACACGAUCAUAGCCAACAGCAGAGGAGGACAGGGUUUUGCCAAACAAGGGGAAAGAGCUAGCCAACAGUAAAAACUUGCUGAAAAAAGACUGUCUCUGUCACCAGGCCUCCAAAUGCUUAAUAGAGAAGGGUUAGAUGGGGGUGAUUAUUUAGGCUAUUCUAUAGGGAUGGUUAAUCUAAUUCUGUGCACUCAUGUUUUGCUUUUAAAAUGACAUUUUAAUGUAUUUCUGCUGUGUUAACGCAACUCGGGCUGCAAUCUUGAUCCCACUUAUGUGGGAGUAAGCACUAUUGAACUCAGUGGGACUUACAUCCCAGUAGCAGAAAUGGUGAGGAUUGCACUGUUAAUCCUUUUAAAAAGCACACACACUUCACCAAGAUUCCCCCCCUCUAAGAAUUUCCAAAUAAAUUGGACACAGCGUUGCUCUCAGCUACCUUUAAUUUUUUGUUAAUGUCUUCUAAUUAGCUUUUCUUCCAGCGAACCUGCCAUGGUAACAGCUGCAUCUGGAAGAACGUUCUGCAGCCAAUAAACAUCCUCUUGAAAAUGCCACCCUGACAAAAGGAACAACACUUGUGCUAGCAGCAUUAAGGAUGUUUUGGUACAUCCUGACCCACAACUCUAAAUCAAGCUAGUUGCUGGCUAAUCACCCCCUCGGAGUCCUGGUGUAUCAGCUAAAUGAUGGUUGACAGAGUAACCUGGAUUGCUCUUUGAUGUAUACUUCUGGCUUGCUAGUGAGGAACACAAUUAGGAGACAAUUUGGAGUUGAACUACAUUGUGAAUCUUGUGGUUCAGGUUGCCAGGGAAUUGCUGCAAGAUAAUUUAUGGUUUUGUUCCUUACUUCAGCAGCACGAUGCCAGGUUCACUGCAACAAAACUGCCACCUCAUUAGUAUCAAGCUAGUUGGUGAAACUUUGGGAAGACACUUGGUUGAAACAUCUCAUUAGUGAAGGUGUCUCUAAGCAUCCCAAUGCAACUAUGGGUGCUACGUGGAAGGUGGGACUUGGAUUUCUGCACUAGUCAAAGGCAACCACACCACCCUCCUUCCCUCUCUCCCUCCCUCCAGAUAGAGUUCAGGCAACCUUCCUGAGGCCAGAAGAUAACCCGAUUGCUCCACAGAGCUCAUUCCUUGACUUGCCUGGAAGAAGCAAUACAGUGGCAGUUACACUGUGCCAAACAUGUCCUAGCCAAAAGGGUGAUAGGCAAAGCCAUUCUUGCACUCAUAUAUGGGUGUGGCCCUGUAUGAAAUAGCAGAAUGAAAAGUAUUCCUCUAGUAGUGGAGCAUCUGAAUAAGCAUCUCAUGUAAACUGUACCAGCUGGCUCAGGUCAGCUGCAGAGUGACAAGCUGCCAGUUCCAGCUCUUUGCAGAGCAUAUAUGUGCAAUGGAAUUAUUUUGGAGUAUUCAUGCUUUGCGUGUUCAGGUGCAGCCCCGGAACAGUGUGUGUGAAAGGCUCCUGCAGCAAAUUCCAUAGGCCCCCUCUAGGUGGCAUGGUGAAUAACAGCCACAACUCAAAAGCGAAUUAUAAUUUCCGUUCUUUACAUAGGGAUACCAUGAAAACCUGCUGAUCCAUUGUCUAAAGACACGUGUGCCAUCCAAAGAUCCUCUCCAAGAGCAGCAUCUGGAAAAGUGCAACCUCUCGCUGUAAAGUGAUGAGAGACUGCAAAUUGAGUUUUCCUCUUCUGUUUAUCUUUGUGGCACAUUGCAGUUGGGGUUACGUCCAAGCACUGGGGAAAUUGAAAAAGUCUGUGCCUUCCCUGAAGGUAUAGUCUAAAAAUAGCAUAAGGCAGAUGCGUACAUUUGCAAAACAGACCAGUUGACAAGCUUUCUUUGCUUAUAUCUCACGGACUACUUUGUUCCUACACCUCAUAAAUGUGCAGACCUGUCAAACAGUCAAAUUUAAUUGCCAGAUGUUCCUGUAAGCUUAUCGCUGGCAACUUCAGCUUCAGUGUGCUGACCUCUUACUCAAGUUUUCCUUCUUGGCUCCCACAAUAAUGCUUGCUGUUUGCCUUGGAGAAAUAAGAUUCGUUCUUUUCAACAGCCAAAGACUUCAUGCUAAACGCUGCUGUAUUCUUGUCCUUUGUGUUGACUUGCAGAGGCCGUGGUGUUUGCAUUUUUGUUUGAAUAGGUCCCUGUGCUAGGAAAGAAGUCUUAAGUUUCAGCCUUGCUGAAUAAUCUUACUUUUCUGUUUCACUGCACUGUGCUUCAUGUGCUAUUAACCCAACUCUGUGGCAAUACCUACCUCCUAAGCGCGAGCAACUUGGAUUGCCUAGCCAGAGAGAUAACGAGAAAGCUAUUUUUUUCUUAAGUGAUGUUCAUUGUCUUUGCUGCUAAAUAUGGGACUGCUGAUUAUACCCCAUAUAGUGCAGUCGUUCAAAACACAUUACUCUUUUUCUUUUUAACAGAAGCAGGAAGUUUAAUUAUUCUGCCGCACAGCCACAAAGUCACUUUUCUUACAAAGAAACAAGCUCCAAGAGGGUUGUUUGGAGAAAAUGUGAUUAUUUUUUUUAACAGCUGGUUUCAGCAUGCUUUGGGGUUGUCCAUAUAGUGCAGCAGCAGGGAUCAUUCAGUUUUAGCUUAAGGGGUUAAUUCUGUUCUCAGUGUUAGAGAAUGUUCACACGUUUAAUGUGCACACCCUGAAUUUCCAAUGCUGUAUUUUUUAUCUGCUUUCACGCAACAUUUUCAGCAACACGUGUACAUUCUAUUUCUUUAUGAGGAAAAAAUUUGGUUGAUUUUUCCUCGGACUCACUUCACAGUGAUUGAAACCCACAAUCCAAUGCAAUUCUGUCUUUACCUGUACAUUAGUGUGGACACAUUUUCCAAAGCUGCUUGUUUUUCUCUGGCAUCAUGGCUAGACAAAAUGGUCUUUGUUGCUGAAAAGGCUAAGUUCACUGAAAACGCGUAACAAUUUAAGAAAUAGUUUUAUCCAUUUCUAAAAGUGCCUCCUAGCAAUCAGACAUAGUAGUCACAUUUAAGAGAACUUUUGAAAUGCAUAUCACUAUACCAAUGAGUCUGCAAAUCUGCUGGGAUCUGUUGUAGCUCUGGAUUUUUAAAUAACUGAUGAACAACAACCAAGUGUUAACUUUUCAGCUUUUUCUGUUUGCUCAGAAUAAAUUGUGGUGCACUUCCCUCUGAGCUUUUUGAAGGGUUUUUCCUUACCUCUCUUUCUGUGUAGUUCAGAACAUUUAGAAAGGCAAUUUUAUGCAAUUAAUUUAUGUUGUUAAAUUGGUGGUCCUUUUUUGUUUUUCUUUUUUUGUCCGAUCAAAUGGUUUGGCAGGAAGGAUUACACACACACACACACACACACACACACAAUUAUCUGAGAACAGAUUGGUAGACUUCUACCAUUUAUAGAAGAGAAAUAGAGACGGGGUCUCUUUUGACAUUAAAGCAAAAAAGGAGUCACUUGCUUUACAAAACAGUUUCUGUGUUGGUCUGUUAUACUGCCAAAAGGUUCUGUGGAUGACCUCCUUAGGAAGAAAUCCCUCAGACCCAUAGGGCAAACAUCUGGGCAGACCUGCAGAUGUUUGGGGUUUGAGAUGGGUGUUGGCAGCAGUGGCUGCUGCCCAUAGGAACUGAUGGAGCAGAAGGCUGGGAGGCCAACAAUAAUUGGUGGAGCUAGAGCCAAUGACAGGCUCGGAGCUGGUUGUAAACAAGAAGGUAGACAGGUGAGGGCUGACUGAAGACAGAGAAAGGUUGGUGGGGCGAUGCCCUGUUCACCCUAAUGGACUAGCUUCCAGUGCCAUGGAACAAUAACUGAGGAGCUAAACUGGUUGUCUUAAUUAAGGCCUACAGCAAAGAUAGGAAGGAGAUGAGAAUGAAAACACGCUCUGUUUGAGAAAUCUAUAUCCACUGGAAAAAAGAGUCAUUCACCUCAGGCAUAAGAUGGCAUUAAUUCCAAGGAUGUUCAGAAACUGUGUUGCGGCAAACACAGAUAAUGGUUGCUUUGUGAUUUGUAUUCUUUCACUUUUUUUGGCUAAAGAAAACUCCGUUUUGCCAAGAGCAAUUUCUGCUUUUGGUGGCCUGUUUAAGACCUCCUGCUAGGGAACAGAUAUUCUGCUUGGGAACGGAUUCAAAAGCCACCCUUGUCUCUAUGUGGAUAAUGACAAAUUUAUAAGGCUGCAGUGUUCAUCUGGGUGAACAACGAUCAGGAUGAACUUUGUUCUGACAUUUAAUCUAUAACUGUGUUUACUCUGGCUCAGAUGUCUAGACUAAUAAAAUUUGAGAAUGCUGAUAAAAAUAUACAUUUAGUUGGCCCAACAUGGUGAGAAAGUUUAUAGGCAUCUAAGCAAAUCUGUAAACUACUUUUAUGCAAACACUCACUCAUGGAAAAAUGAGCAUUUAUAUGUGCAUUAUAUGUAUAUGUGUUUUAAUUUCUUUUUCUAAUUAUUUUAAAAAUGUUUUUAUAUUUUUAUUGGUAAUAUUAACAUUUCUUGUAAACUUCUUAGGUGUUUUACUACUGACAUAUAAAGUUUGUUAACUAAAUAGGUUGUACUGAAUGCUCACAACCCAUGCAACACUCCCUUCCAGGCAAUGCCCCCUGCCAACACCUUCCUUUUUACUUUCAUUUGAGGAUUGUUCACUAUUCAGUUGGCAGCUCCCAUCGUAAAUUUCCCCCCUAGUUUGAAUAAUUCCCUCCAUCUUCUAUAUGAUCCCAGCCAAUGGAGAACUGCAUAGCCAAUGUGACAUCACAUCAUGUACACAAUCAGAGUUGCCUAUGUGAUGUCAUGAAGCUAAUUCCAAGCAAGGACAGGAAAUAAUUGUGUUUACUCAGAACAGGCAAACAUUUUUGUCCCCAGUUUGUAGCCCUUCCAGAAAUUCCAGAAAAAGAGGCAUCCUUUUUUGAGCUUAUUAACGGGACUGCAAAACGGGAUAGUGUUUUGACUCAGCUCUACAUGUCAGCUGACUAAAUGAAAACAGUUGGCAAUGAACAGAUUGCAGAAAGUAUUUUUUCAGUGUAAAAGACCCAGAAAGUCAACCACCUCUGAUUUCCCUGGGCCAGUGAGCCAGUGUGGUAUAGUGGUUAAGAGUGGUAGACUCGUAAUCUGGUGAACCGGGUUCGUGUCUCCGUUCCUCCACAUGCAGCUGCUGGGUGACCUUGGGCUAGUCACACUUCUUUGAAGUCUCUCAUCCCCACUCACCUCACAGAUUGUUUGUUGUGGGGGUGGAAGGGAGAGGAGAUUGUUAGCUGCUUUGAGAUUCCUUCGGGUAGUGAUAAAGCAGGAUAUCAAAUCCAAACUCUUUUUCCUCUUCUUCUUUAGACUCAACUUUGCAGCAGACAUUUGAGCUAAAAAUUACAAGACCCAGUUACUCACAUUAAAAAUGUUCAGGGAAUUGCUUUCUCCUUUUCUUCAAUAGCUUGGAGUCAGGGCAGAGCAAAUCAGAAUCAAUCAGUCAGUCAGUCAGUCAGUCAGUCAGUCAAUCAAUGCUUAUUUCUGACCAGCUGAAAUGAAUACUUACCUAUAUCUCUGUAUAACUAUAGGCUUUAUUUACAGUGGUACCUUGGGUUAAGAACUCAAUUCGUUCUGGAGGUCUGUUCUUAACCUGAAACUGUUCUUAACCUGAAGCACCACUUUAGCUAAUGGGGCCUCCCGCUGCCGCUGCCACGCAAUUUCUGUUUCCAUCCUGAAGCAAAGUUCCUAACCCGAGGUACUAUUUCUGGGUUAGUGGAGUCUGUAAUCUGAAGCAUCUGUAACCUGAAGCGUCUGUAACCCGAGGUACCACUGUAUUACAUUCAUAUCACUCAGCAUCAUCUAAUACAUUUCAAUGGAAUAUUCUAUAAUGGAAAUUUUCAUUUGAAUGUACUGUAUUUCAAAUUCCUCAUCUCUUAUAGGGGUAGCUCUGUUAACAUAUGUUGCAGCAAAAAUAAAAAAGUGCAUUGUGUCCCCUAAAGGACUGAUAAAUUUAAAUGUAACAAAUUUAUUAUGGCAUAAACUUUUGUGGCGUGUGGAGUCCAUGAAAGCUUAUGGCGUUAUAAUUUUGUUAGUCUUUAAAGGGACACAAGAUUCUGUGUUGUUGAUUUUCUCAGGCUAGUUUGUAAAUUCUAUUGAUAUCUAUGCCUGCUGCCUAGUGUCUGAUGUUGUUUUCAAACGUAAUGGGAAAACAGAGAACAAAGGGCCCCUUUUUGUAUUGUCAGGUUCCUUUUAUUUAUUAUUAUUUAUUUGAUCUGUAUCAUGCAUAUUUCAGGCAAAAGACACUUGCGGGGUAUAUAAUCCACAUAUCAAGUCAGAGAAUGUUCUCCACAGUGAGGCUUCUAUAGCUUUUUUGAGCUUCUCUUAUGCUAAUUGUGUGAUCAUUUGAUCACAAUGCGAGAAAGGAAGGAGAGAGGGUACUCAUCAUGUGAACGAACAUGCUUAUGAAAGUUAUGCAUUUACAUUACAAACUGAUUGAAGCAGGAACUGAUUUCAGCCUCAUGCUCAAACUGUCAAAGCAAAUCUAUACCAGCCUGGUACAGAUUUGGGCUGCAUUCACAUGGUAGUUUAUUCCAUUUUCAUGACUUUCCCCUAACUGUUAAGUUCCAUAUUAUAGUGUUAUAGGUUUGAGGGUGCGACCUCCCUAAAUCCUAGAAAUUAAUAAGUGUUAGGAUUCUGCUUAGUUGAGAUAUUCCUCUGCUAGCCUAUGCAAAAUGGCUUGACCAUUAAGGGCCAUUAAGAAACAAUACAGGGCCAUUGGCAAUGCAAGAAAACUUUCCUCCUUCCCCGCCCCAACCUGAGGUGUGAUCAUAGACCGGGGGGGGGGGGGCGGUUUGGAAGGUUACCAGGGAAACUGUGUUUGAGGUGACAGGAAAAAGGAGUUUGAUAGCAAGGAAUUCUGGGAAGGAGGAGGAAGGGCUGGAAUCCAUGUUGGGCAGGCUGGCUGAAGGCUGGCUGGAAGAGAUGCCUUGGGCUCCAUGGCUGCACUGCUGUGGGGGACAACUCUCUCUUGAAAUGAUCAUGCUAUAAGAUCUGGGCUCCCUCCAUGCACACUGAAGGUGUAAAUAGGUGCAUAAACCAUAUUUCUUGAAGCUACGGCUGUCUCUGCUGUGUCUCAAUUCUCCAAAGGACCACAGACCCUGGGUGAGUGCCUGGAACCCCAUGGGCUCUUGCCACUGCUUGGCAGAGAGAGGGGGAGGCACCCAACUUUUGUAACAACAUUUUAGUUUUCACAUGACGUAAAAGCCACUUCUGGAACUGUAGUGGAACAUUGUAAAAGUUCAGUGCUAACAUAUAUGUUGUUCUAAUCAGUAAGCAUAGUUCAAGAAAGCUCUGGGGCAACACAACUCCUUGUCCUGAAUAUAAAAAAGAGAGGCUAGUUUCACUAGAGUGCCACUGAAGUUAAUGGGAUAUACAGUGGUACCUCAGGUUAAGUACUUAAUUCGUUCUGGAGAUCCGUUCUUAACCUGAAACUGUCCUUAACCUGAAGCACCACUUUAGCUAAUGAGGGCCUCCCAUUGCCGCCACGCCAUCGGAGCACGAUUUCUGUUCUCAUCCUGAAGCAAAGUUCUUAACUUGAGGUAAUAUUUCUGGGUUAGCGGAGUCUGUAACCUGAAGCAGAUGUAACCUGAAGUGUAUGUAACCCGAGGUACCACUGUAUAUAAAUCAGCCGCAACUAACUUCAGUCAGAUUAAAGCAUGACUAAGGCUGCUUACACACUAACUUGUAGUUUUUCUAAAUCUGGAAUUGUUCAUGCUUGUCAUCAACAUGUUGCUUUCAGUCUAGGUUGAUUCUAGACCAUGCCAUCCACAAGGGGUGUGUGGGUGUGUGUAGUUGUUUGAUACACAUUUCAAAACCCACUCCUUGAUUAGUUCAUCCACACUUUUUUGUCCCUGCACAUGCCCCAAGUGAAUGAAGAAGGAAGUGGUGAUUGAGAUAUUGGUAUAUAUUCCCACCCACAACAUCAUUGGGCACAUCACCCAUUGCUGGAGCUACCCACAUCUGAUUUCAAAUGGACACUCUGCAGGGUAAUGCAGAAUUAACCUGCAAUGUGACUUUGUCUCUCUCUCUCUUUGACAUAAAAUGCCCUGUCUGGAUGCUUUGAAAAGCUCCCCCGCCCCCGCUCGUCUCCCCUGUUUAAUGUUGCUCUUUGUUAGAUAAUAUAUGCUGUCUUGGCAGUGGGGGAACGGUGAGCACUUUACACAAUUCCUUGACUCUUUGAAAGAACGCCACUUGGCGUCAGGCACCAUUUUGUUAACAUUGUACAGUUCAUUAAGCCUCUGCCAUAUCAAAAGAGGCUGCACCUGGCCACAUAAUAAAAAAGAAUUAGAGGAUUAGAUACAAGUGCUUAAUGCAUAGCUUGCUGUGGAAGCAGAGGUCAGCUCAGGAUAAAUGUACGAUGGAGAGAGCAAGAUAGCCAUGCAUUAGCAUAUUAUUAUUGAAUGCUUUUCAAUUGGCUUUGUACAUAGGAAAGAAAAAUGCUCCAUUUGUUGGGCAGUAAACAAAACUGAGAGAUUGUUGCUUAUGUAAUGGAUGAGUUCCAAGCUCUUGCUAAUCUUAAAAGCUCCAGAAAAUUCAGCCUCUUGCAAUGAACUGAAUCUUUAACUUAAAAAAGAAAAUCAAAGCUUGGGUGAGGAUGGGUUUAGCCACACGUUCAUUUUUCGUUUUGAUCCAGUUCUUGAAGAGACUAGCUGGAGCUUGAUAUUAAUUUUAUUGUGUAGUAAAUUUCCUUUAUGAAGGAGGUAUGAUUGUAUUAAAAAAACUGUGAAUGUGACACGCUUUACUUGAAGAGUGAUGUAUAUUUCAAAAUGACUUUCUCAUCUUUGUGUACACCAACAUCCCUUUAUCAUUUCAUUUCAUGACACUUUGAUCAAUCUUUAUCUUGGAAAAUAUAUAUAUAUAUUUAAAGGAAUUUUGUAGUGGCAUUUUUAAAAAAUGGUUUGGUCUUUGUCUUCAAUUGCAUCUGGGGCUUCCAUACUAUUGCUAUUUUUGGGUGGGAUUCAGUCACAUACCAGCAAAUUCAGACUGCACAACUAAAAGUCGACCAGGAACUCUUGUACAACAUACCCACUUCUUUCUUAGAUAGACUACGACAAUAUACUCUAAGCGGAACUGCCCUUGAAGAUGGCCUGGGAACUUCUGUUUACUGCAAAAUGUGGAUGCCUGACCUCUUAUAAAUAUUGGGACAUAUGGCUCUGUCCAAGCUGUUCUUCAUCAUUUACACAGGCUGACACUGUGCUCCUGAUCUUACUUAAAGGUACAGCACAUUUAAAGCACAUCAUGGCUUGGAAUCCAUAUACGUUACUGACAGCAGAAGAUGCAGUGGUGAAGCAGCCACACGCUGGUUGGCUGCAUUGCUGCGUAAGGCGAGGUAGAGCAAGGCAGUGGCAAGGUUGAUGUGGUGCAAACCCAGUGCGCUGAUGCAUUUUCACUGGGCUGAUUUCGCCUUUGCCUCAUGCCUCCCUCUCCACCUCCUGGUAAGCAGCAGCAACAUGACCAAGCGGAGGUCAGUUAGUAGUGGUUUACAGACCAUCACUCCCUAAAUCAGUCCAUAAGUCAAAUGCAUUCAUCAAAUAAUGAACCUACCUGGACCCUGAGAUUAUCUAUCUAUCCGGUGCUUUUUUCUGGGAGGACACAGGGGGACGCAUACCUUUAAACAUUUUGUGAAUCUAAGUUUGGCCUCAUUGAGUGGCAGUAUUUAAAUAUGAGUAGGAAAAUGAGAGUACCCCUAAACAUUUUUUUAGAACCACCCCCCAACACUGUAUCUGUCUGUCUGUCUGUCAAAAGGAAAUGUAUUUUAAUAUUGUAGCCGCUUUGGUCUCCUAAUCACCAGACUGCCAUUUAUACCCCCUUUUAAAAAGUUUAAGAAUUAAUGACAUAAUUUGAUGUCAUAUCCCAGUACUGGACCUCUCAUACAGCAUGCGCAACAAAAAUGCUUUAUGAAUAUGAUCUUUAAUCUUCCAUACCAAAGCUGUCAGAAAAACAGAAGCUCUAAAAUUCAUUAAGCUGCAAGCUGGUAGACAUCUAAGAAGAAACUGCUAAAUGAGGCCACAAGUCAUUGUCUGAGCAAUGACAUGCACCUCCUUGGAUACACAUUGGCCCCAAGCCCUGGGCCUUACUGUGGAAUUGUCUUUUUGUAAUUGUAUCUUGGGGAUGCUGUGGAAUAAGAGGGUCGAGGGGCUUCAGCCAGUCUAGCUGGCACUCUGAAAAUGGCAGGCUUUUAAAUCAGGAAGCAUUUGAUUAAUGUAUCAACAGCUACACUCAAUAUAAUUACAUCGACCAGAUGAGUAACGUAACAUUUAAAAGGUCAUUUUCAACGCACUUUAGUUUUAUUUCUGCUAGGCUUUCUUUAAUGUUGUUGGAUCCCAGGCAUUAAGAAUGUCUAGUUUUCUGCCACUACUUGACUUUCUCUGUAAGAAAGGUAGGGUUGUUUUUCUGGGUCCUUUUUCUGCAUACGGAAAAGAGAGACGAAUGGCAACUGUUCUUGCUCCAGUAUGCUGUGAAAAUGAAUUUGUAUGCAAAUUGAGAUGCUUUGACAAGGAAAUGUACUGUCUAGGAUUUUGAGAUGUGCAGGAAGAAGAACGUCACCCCCAUUUUAUUGCUAAACAUCAACAGCCUAUGCCAGGCACCCCCAAACUCAGCCCUCCAGCUGUUUUGGGACUACAACUCUCAUCAUCCCUAGCUAACAGGACCAGUGGUCAGGGAUGAUGGGAAUUGUAGUCCCAAAAUAUCUGGAGGACCGAGUUUGGGGAUACCUGGCCUAUGCAGAGGAAGGUUAGGGACUCCUAAGCAUAUUUAGGUGUUCGCGGCAUUGAGAUGGCUUUCAUACCAUGAUCCAGGCUUUUCUUCAUUUAGCUGAUGAACCGGAAUCAAUAAGUAUCACAAAUUCACCAGGUAGCCUUCCGCAAAGCACCAUUCUUUCAGUCUAAGCACCUGCAAAAUAAAGGUAAUAAUGCAGAUUGUGCUGAACACAGGGCUUUUGUGAGUAUUAUUAAGAGAGGCAGUAUUAUGGACACUUGAAAUAUACUAUAUAAAUGCUAAGGAUUAAGUAAAGAAACAAAUCCUUAGGGUGCCUCAAGACUGGCAGUAUUUCACAGGAGGGUUUCAAGUACAUGCAAGAACUACCAGUUUGUGAAAUUAAACUUGAUUAAUGUGCUCUGUAGUGCUAGCACAACAAUUCCACCUUUUUUAAAAUAGAUGUUUUUGCAGUUUGGAAAGUGACAGGGAAAUACAUUGAAAAUGUUGUAUAAACAAAUGAUAAAGAGGGAGGCAUGUAAAUACUCUGCAGGAAAAACAGGGUGAAUGCAGGAUAAAUGCUAACUGUCCUUGAAACAUUUUUGUUUAGGGAAGCUAAAUGUUGACUUGUUUUCAGCUUAUUGUUGAUUUUAAUUAUUUUUGAACAUUUUAAAAACUUUUUUUACUGUUUUUUUUUACUAGUAAUGUCAUUGUUAUAUAUAUAUAUUUGUAAAUUUAUUUGAGGGCUUAAAAUAAUAAUAAUAAUAAGAAGAAGAAGAAGAAGAAGAAGAAGAAGAUAUUCUCUCUCUCUUUCUCUCCCAAAUGGUGUACUGCCUCUGUGGUCAGAGGCAUCAAUUCUUCUGAAUACCAAUUGCUGGAAACCAUGGAAGAAGACAGUGCUCUUGUGCUUGUGUCCUGCUUGCAGGUUUCCUAGAGACAUCUGUGUGGCCACUGUGAGAACAGGAUGCUGGCCUGGAUGGGCCAUUGGCCUGAUCCAGCAGGCUCUUUUUACUUUCUUAAUUUUAUUAAAUCUAUGGAUGGAUGGGGGACGCGGGUGGUACUGUGGGUUAAACCACAGAGCCUAGGGCUUGCUGAUCAGAAGGUCGGCAGUUCGAAUCCCCGUGAAGGGGUGAGCUCCCGUUGCUCGGUCCCUGCUCCUGCCAACCUAGCAGUUCGAAAGCACGGAGUGCAAGUAGAUAAAUAGGUACCACUCUGGCAGGAAGGUAAACGGCGUUUCCGUGCGCUGCUCUGGUUCGCCAGAAGUGGCUUAGUCAUGCUGGCCACAUGACCCGGAAGCUGUACGCUGGCUCCCUCGGCCAAUAAAGCGAGAUGUGCGCCACAACCCCAGAGUCGUCCACAACUGGACCUUUACCUUUAUGGAUGGAUGGAUGGAAUAGAAUUGCCCUGUAAACAAAUCGGAACCACUGAUACAGCCUAAGCACCACAUAAGCCUGUGCAAGCAAAUCAGGAUGAAUGCUCAAUAAACGAGUCAUCUGGAGAAGCCCUUAGGCAGAAGGAACAUAUGUUCAGUUGGGAUCAGACCAGGGAAACCUUUCCAGGUCUCCAGCUGUUCCUUUUGCUCUUCAGAUGCAUUCGCAGCCUCUUUAAAUUGGCUGGCAAGCUUGCUCCUCACUGGAAGAUGAACAAUAAGCUGAAUUGGCCGUUGUCCAUAAUUCCGUUCCAUGGGAGAACUUGCAAUGAGAGAGAGGUUAAAAACAAUGAAAUACUCAAUUGCCCUGUGCAAAGGACUGACGAUAGGAUACAAUCAAUGCAUGGAGGGAGGGGGACAGCACCAUACCUGUGGAGCACACCCUCCCUCUCUGAGCAUUUAUUCUGAAUAAUGCAGGUGGCUGUGCGCAUGUGGGCCUCUGCCAUGUAGACUCCAAUUUUGGAGGUUGUAGAUUGCACAGACACUGCUGGCUCUGUGCACAAAGAACAACCUGUGUGUGGAGGUUGGAGGUGGUGUUGGAGCUGCUGUUUAAUAAUACCCUGAUUACAGUUGCCUGCAGUGAUCCCAUUAACAAAAAGCAUAGGUUGUGUCAGUGGUAACUUACGGUCAAAUGUGAUGCACUUAAUAUGUCUGAUCUUGGCUAUUUAAAAGGCAACCUCAGGGCACAGGAUCAAGACCAUGGGAUUUAAGACUUUUUGGCCACAGCAGGGUCCCAAUAAUAAUAAUAAUAAUAAUAAUAAUAAUAAUAAUAAACCCUGCAGCUGCUAUUUACCCCAGAAGGCAACUUCCAUUGGCAUCAAGUUCAUUCCUUAGUGCCAAUGGAAGCUUCCCUCCUAAUGCUGGCCUAAAUAGCAGCUGGAGGGGAGGCAUUGAUUUUCAUCAGGACUGUGGAGCAGAGGAAAUAAUUAACCCUCUCAUUGGUGCAGCCCCAGUCCUGAGACUGCAACCCCCACCAGUAAUCGCUCUAUAAAUAACAAAAAUCAGAAACAUUAAAUGCAUACAUGUGUCCACUCUGUCAUUUAUUUUGGCCCUUAAAGGUAUCACUUGCAUAGUAUUUCAACCAAAGGAUUACCCCAAUGCUUAGAUUAACAUCUCAAGUAAUAUUUUGAACAGUUCCUCCAGAGCUGCUAAUACCACCCACAGCUUCUUAUACUUGAUGUUCAGUUGACUUAAACAGAGCUACCAAAGAAGGAGAUUGAAUUGUGUUUGUUAGACUUGCAAAUCGGGCAUCAUCUCCACUACCUUUAUACAAUAUAGCAGAGCCUUGUGGAAUUAUGCUAAAUUGUGGAGCUAAUUUUAAUUACUGACAAUUGCAGGAUGGGUUGUUGCUAUGGAAACGUAAAAGGAAUGUAGCUUCUGGCAAUUUGAGUUGCAUAGGUGAUUGAAAAGCACAGAAUGGUCUGGAUUCAUUUUGUUUACACCUGCAGCCAAUUAGACGGCAUUGUUUUUGCUCUCACUUCUGCUAGGAUGCUGGCAGAAGGGAGGGCAAAAUUCAAAGCAUGCCAUUUUAUUUGAUCAUAAAUCCUUAGCACCUUUGCUUUGGAAUUAUUUCUUAAAAGUUGCUUUACAGAUGGCAAAAGGAAAAAGAGAGUAGAAUCACAGGUAUCAUAGUGUGAAGAGUCUGUUGGGUCACUGAGCCCCUGUGCAGAGAAGGCUUCUCGUACUUUUGUUCUGAUUUUUGAUAACAUUUUCAAUCAGAUCAUUUCCACUGACAACUUCUCUUUCUCUCCCCUCCCUCCCCCUUCCACAUCUUCAGGGUUUACCUGAAAGCAAAACGUCAAUUUGAAUUUGAAACCUACAAUGAAAUUGAAUCAGAUUCUGAGUAAUUAGGUUUCCAUUUGGUUGCAUCAUAAAGCCUCUCUCUUAAUAAGAUCUCGUAUACUUCAUUAGCAUAUGGAUGUAAAGUUAUUACAUCAGUUAUUUGUAUGUCACCUUUCCUCAAGUUGUGCUUGAUCAGAUUCCCAGGUGAUCUUCCAUUCAGGUACUGACCAUACCCAGAACUGCAUCAACAAAGCUGUUACAUCACAUAUCUUCAGAUCAUAGCUCUGGGCUGUGAUGAUGGAUGUACCUGAAAUGUAGGAAGAAUAAAGUCCUACUUUACAAAGGGCAGUGCUCUGAAGAGAUGUCUGGUUGAAACUGAGCUGGCACUAGACUCAGUAGCCCUUAUUGUUUCUUAAUGGCCCUACCUUGGCUAGGUCAUUUUGCAUAGGCUAGCCCAGGAAGCCCUCUGCAGUUUGUAUCUCUCCCUUCAUAUCCCAAAUCAUCAAAAUCCUACCAUUUAUUAAUUUCUACGGGUAGGGGGGUCCUCCCCCAAACCUAUAACAAUUCUAUUAUGUUGGAGACUAUAGAAUUUGAUGGUAAGAUAACUAGUUCCUAUGAACUAGCAGGAAGCAAACUGUGGUCUUUAUUUUGUGAUUUGAUGCAGACUGACUGCUCUUAGUAGAUUUUUGAUAUAUUAAAAAAAGUUUAAAAAAUCACCUGACAUCUGAAUGUAGGUGAAGAGUUGACUUUGGGCUGAAAGCUGGAGACAUCAGUAGGUUUUAAUCAGGCUAUCUGAAAUGGAGCUCAGUUACCCGUCUUUAUUCUUUUUCCUUCUUAAUGACAAACACAGAAAACUUUCAUCCAGAGAUGGAGGUUUAAAGAGGAGGAAGUGGGGGAGAGCAGAUAAAAAAAAUAAAAUCAGUUGACUGUGCAGUUGCACCCAGAACUUUCCCCCAGCUUGUCACAUUUGGCAGAAAGUUUAAUAAAAAUGAAAGCGCAGCCCUGACACAUCUCUCUCGCUGUAACCAGAGAACCAAUUCAGGGGAAAAGAGAUUGUGUGUGGUAACCUUUGUCAAAAAAAGAAAACGGGGAAAAAAGAGCCUUCGAACAGUUGACAUCUAGCAUCUGAGAUGAUGAAUGACUCAAAGGGAGCUUAGCCUUCAUAUACACUGUUAGCAUGCCCCAGAAGAACUUAUUUUGAAACGAAUAGCUUUUGUAGCUGAGGCUUGGUGCUUUAGGUAGCUUUUUGACACAGGUUUACUCAGUAUGAUCCUCUGUGGAGAAAAAUGUGGAAGGUACCACCAUGCAUAAAAUAUGCAGAACCAACACAAGCAUGCAUGCAUGCAUAAAUAAAUAAAUUUAUUUCUAUCCCUCCUUUCCUCUGCCCCAGGGUUCCCCAAAUUGUGGUCUGUGGUCUGCUGGUGGACUGUGAGCUUCAUACCAGCGGUCCACAGCAAGUCUAUAAAAAUACAAUAAAAAAAUUCAUGGCACCCAGCCCACUGCAUUAUUCCAUUUUGCUACAACAGAUAGAAAAGACUCUCAGGAAAUUUUAAGUGAUGGUGAUCGUGGUGGUGAUCACCACUCUCUAUCCCAAAGGAGCCAAGUGUGGCAAACGAUCAAGUCAAAGAAUAUAUAAGUGAGGGGGGGAAAUGGAAAAUCAUUAAGAACAUGGGAAAACAUUCAGCCUGCAUACCAGGGCCAGCCCACCCAUGAGGCAAGGUGAAGCGAUUGCCUUAGGUGGCAGGAUCCACAGAGGCAGCAGAUCCCAUGUCUUGGGCCAGCCCUGCUGCAUACACACCAUACAUUUAAAGCACCUUCCUCAAAUAAUCAUGGGGACUGUAGUUCCCCCCCCCCCCACAACCUGCAAUCCCAGCACCCUUAACAAACACAGUUCCUGGGAUUCUUUUUUUUGUGGCGGGGAUGUGCUUCAAAUGCAUGGCAUGUAUACAGUCUUGAAAACUUCUUUAGAGUUGCUGCUGGCGUUGUAGGGUUACGGCGUCUAAGGUGCUGAAAGCUUUGAUGCUCCUUACAAAAAAGCUCAGCAACUUAGGGUUGUCCAUCUCAGAAAGGUGUGAGUUCCUGCACCUCAUUUUCUAGAAAAAAAGCACUGCUGCUAGCCAUGUUCUACAUUCACUGUUGGAGGCAGUAUGCUUCUGAAUACCAGCUAAGGAAUAACCCCUGAGCAUUACAGGUGGUAGAAGGAGUGCUGUUGCACUCAGUCCUGCCUGUGAGCUUCUUGUAGGCCUUACAGGUCUCCUGCACCAUUCUUGCAAUUGCAGAAAUCGUCUCAAUUUUAGAUGGGAACCUUAACUAAUUUGUUUCUGUUAAGUUGUGGGAGAACAUAUCAGACGACACAGUGAUUCUUCAAACAGCUCUUGUUUAUUCACAGGCCAGAACAGAACUGAACUGAAGGGUUCAGCCAGCCUGCUUAUAUAGAGCUCCACUACAACGCAACAGUAACAACUUUUUGUAACUAUCCAAUCACUGAACGUCACUUUCAAUUCCUUAUUUGCAAAUGUGGACCUGAGUGAAAACUGUCUACAGUAUCCCCCUGCUGGCCCAGGGUGAGAACUUCAGUACAUAACAGUUUCAAGGAGUAAAAUCUUUGGAGUAUCCCAAAUCUGUCCAUUUGGUUGGCUGAUGGCAAUCUAAUAGCAGGGGUCCCCAAGGGCAACCUCUGCUUCGAACUUUGUGGGUCUGAAAAGCAGAUUGUGGGAGAUGUUGUGUUGUAAAAGAAGCUCCCCCUGCCCCCAGAUUUGUUCAUCAGCCUCUCGUUUAUUAUGCUUUUUGCAUAAAUAGGCUCAGUGUUCAGGUUCAGACAGAGUCUUAGGCAUCGGUUGUUGCUAAGCUAACCUUGGUCAAAGUGCCUGACUCUAAAGCUGUGCAUUUGUUAGAAAUAAUUACUAGUAACUAUCCUUAUCUAAAGCACUGGAGUGUUGGGGAAAUGAACUCAUUAACGGUUGUGAAGUGUUAUGAAGAUGCGAGAUUAGCACUGUUAAUUAAAAGAAGAAGAAGGCUGAAUCACAACAAUUUUAUUAAAUGUCAUAAACGGAAUUGGGGGAAAAAUAUAAUGAUUAACUAUCUGCCAUUUUAGACAAUCAGGUCGCACAAAUUAACAGCACCAGCAAUGUUGCUUCUCUGUGAGUAAGAAUGAAUGCUUUGUAAAUACAAAAUAGAUGAAGCUGGCUUUAUCCCAUUUCCUGCUUUUAAAAGAAAGUUAUGUGUGAACUUUGAGCUGCCUUGCUUUAUGCACAGAAAUGAUAUGUGACGUACAGUUGCCUUAUAUUGCAAGUGACCUUUCAUUUGGAGGGGUCACAAUGUCACAUAAUAGAAUAUGUGAUGGCCACCUGCCAGCCACCCCUGGGUCCUGUGCUGCCUGAGGUUGGGAGAUGGAGCCACAACAAAGUGUACCCGUCUGUCUACACCCCCUUCCUCUCUGCUUAAGAACUUGCUGCCACCAGAUAAGAGAGGAUUUUAUUACUAUGCUGCCCUUUAUCAACCAACCUGUACUGCUUUAUAGCUUCAAGGCUAGAGGGCAUUUAAAAGAAGCUGAGACCACAAAGGUUUAUGAACAAGGCAAAAGCUUCACCAAGGUGGGAAAAUAUAUGAAGCGGGAUUCAUAAAACAAGCCUCGUCAGCCCUGCACCAAGGUGCACCCGGGUUCCCUCACCCACUUCUGCCCACAUAUCUUGAAACUGGCUCUGGGGAAGUUGGGAGAACGCCUAGAACAGCCGGGGGGGGGGGAGAGAAGGGGGAGAAUUGUCCCAUCUGGGAAGCUGAAAUGCUUGCUGGUGCAAAUGGAAUACUUGUCAUAGUGUGAUGUUGCAUCCCACUAUGAGAUGAGCUAACUCCUCCAGGCUGGCUCCCUGUUGAAACUUUGUCUACCUGUCCAUGGCCAAUCACAAGCUCCACCCAGUUACAGGAAGUCCUUUUAAUACCCUUACUCAGUUCUUUGUAGGGACACUUAAAGAUAAAAGGUAAAAGACCCUGGAUGGUUAACCAGAGCGCACGGAAACGCCGUUUACCUUCCUGCCACAGCGGUACCUAUUUAUCUACUGGCACUGGUGUGCUUUCAAACUGUUAAGGUGGCAGGAGCUGGGACAGAGCAAUGGGAGCUCAGGGAUUCGAACUGCCAACUUUCUGAACGGCAAGCCCAAGAGGUUCAGUAGUUUAGACCACAGCACCAUCUAAGGUCUAGCCAGGUCCAUCAACAGUAGAGGGGGUGAAUAUGCCAAAUUCCAGUCUAUUGCAGUUUCAUGUGUGUUCAUUCCAAAAUCCAUUCCAUGCUGUUUCUACUUCCAGUUUUAUUUUUUUAGAUGCAUUAUUUCUGAAAUAUUGUUUUCACAAAAUAUACUUUUUUGGUAUGCAUUUCAAAUCAAAAUGCAUGUUUUUAAUGUGUUUUUUGAACAGGCAACUGUGUCACAAAAUUUUUAAAAGGUGGUUUUUUGGGGGGGGUUUAGGGAGAGUAGGUUGCUGAACCCAUAUAUAUGAGCUACGGAAAAAGGGCCAUGAACUUAUACCAUGUGGCAAACAAAGAUCCCUUGAUGGUCAGUAUUGAAACUGAUCAUCAGCUUGCAGGUGGUUUGCAAGUGUCAGUAAAUGUGCCAGCUCUUGUUAGGAACAAGCCUUCAAACGCAUUUACGAAAUGAUGCUAUUAUGAAAUAUAUCCCUGAUGAGUCCUUUAAAAAAUGUUCUGAGCAUUGCAGCCUCCUAUCUCCCGAGCAGAAAUCAGCUUGCUUGUGUAGUGAGUAUGCAUGCAAUCAACUUAGAUCAAGCUUGUUCUCUCUUUUUUGGCGAUAAUAUUUGAAGCACUGGAGCAGGAACCAGCAAGCCACUCCAGUAUCCCUGCCAAGAAAACUCCAUGGACAAAGAGGCAGUGGAAGACAGUAGUGCCUGGUGUGCUCUGGUCCAUGGGGUCACGAAGAGUCGGACACGACUAAACGACUAAACAACAACAUUUGAAGCACAUCCACCCACACCAGAAGAGAGGCACCAAAAUUCUACAUAAGCUUCAUCCAUGUAAAGCACACCCUCUUUCCAAGAAUCCUAGGAACCUGUCAUGGAGCUACAAUUCUCAGCACCCUUAAGAAACUGUAGUUCCCAUGAUUCCUUUUUAGGGGAGGGGGGAUGUGCUUUAAAUCUUUGGUGUAUACAGAGUCCAAAAAGAGGAAAAGUAGGCAAAAGUAGUUCUCAAAAGUGCCCAACCACUAUUAAUAUUAUUGUAACUCCAUUAUUUGGAACGGAGGUCCCUUCUUCAGGAGCAAGAUCAGACUUUCUGAAGCAACUCGCACAAAUGUUGGCCUGUCUGUCUGAAAUCAGGAGGAAGACUCAAGUCUUCCCACUUCAGUUCCAAAAUGCACUGAGCUACACUAAAAAUCAGCAGCUGGCACUUUUGAGAACCAGUUUCUCCCUCUGGUAUCUCUUCUUAUAAUAUUUGCAAUACUGCCUCCUGCUUUGCUGCAUUUUUAUAUUUUUCUUCCCCUUUUUAAUGCCAGCCUCAAGAGGAAAUGAGCAGCAUUUUCUGAAAAUGAAUGCUGUUAAUGAAUAAUUUAAGUUCUCAGGGAUGUCAAAUGAGCUUUAACAAAUAUAUAUUUUGCAUUAGGCCUUCAGAUAGGUUUACAUAUUUGGGGAGAUAUUUGUCUCAAUUUGUGAUGAAUAUUUUAAACCCAGACUCCACACAGAGAAUGCCAUUGUGCGACACAUGUGCCAUUAACAGCACUGGCAGUAGACAUUCUAAAUGAAUUACGGUAAUUUUCAACCAGAAACUGCUGUACUAAGACAUUUUCGGAAACACGUCUUAGCCCGCAAUCAUAGGUUUGAUGAAGGAAGGAGGUAAAUUUAUGGUCUUGUGUUAAGUAAGAAAUCAUUGUGUGAUCAUGGCUGGCAAGAAUGUCUCACCCCCCCCCCCAAAAAAAAAACACCACUUUAGUGAUACUAAUUUGAGCCUGGGAACUAAUUGGUAGCCAAUGAGGUUGAGUCAGGAUAGAUGCUAUAUAUGAUAUGUUGUCAAACCAUCUUGUCCUGGUCAGCAAUCUGGCUGCUGAGUUCUGCAUCAGCUACACUUUCCAAACCGUCUUCAAAGGCAGCCCCAUGUACAGUAUAAUAGGUUGCACUAAUCUAACCUAGAGGCUACUUUCUCAGGCUGAAGGAGGACUGGCUUUCAUGGUCAUUUCUGGUGAUGAUGGCUCUGAAGAGAUAAGGACUUCAAAGACCAUUUCUAAAAGGAGCAGGAAUCCGAGUAUUGGUUCAUGACACAUACCUAUUCCAUAAGCCUUUAACAGUUAUUCAAUGUAUAUGGCUAAUACGUUGAUUAGAAAUAAUCACAUGUGAUCCGAAUUUUGGGUUAGAUUUAGCUUGAUAUAACCAACAUGCUUUACUCUAAUUAAUGCAUGAAGGGGUUAAGACUAUAGAGUAAGCUGUCCUGCCAGGCUUAGCUAGGCUACACCCCCUCACCAGUGUGGUGUAGUGGUUAAAAGCGGUAGACUUGUGAUCUGGUGAAUCGGGUUCGCGUCUCCGCUCCUCCACAUGCAGCUGCUGGGUGACCUUGGGCUAGUUACGCUUCUCUGAAGUCUCUCAGCCCCACUCACCUCACAGAGUGUUUGCUGUGGGGGAGGAAGGGAAAAGAGAUUGUUAGCCGCUUUGAGACUCCUUCGGGUAGUGAUAAAGCGGGAUAUCAAAGCCAUACUCCUCCUCUUCUUCUUCUUCUUCUUCUACUUCUUCUUCUUCUUCUUCUUCUUCUCCUUCGGAAGAAGGGUUACCAAACUCUUUGUUUUCUCUCUUUCCAACAUGUAACCCUUCCAAAAAGGAGGUCUGGGUCUGGUUGCUCGAAGCCCAGACUGCAUGGCUUUAGCAAGCCAUCUUUGUGUUUCUGUACAAGUAACAUAGAAACACCUACCACUUUUUGUAAGUUAAACUGCCUGUCUUUUCUUACUGCUGUAUAGAAAAACACACAAAUCUGACAUUUGAAUAGUUUGAAAGUAAACCAGUUUUAACUUACCAAAUGUGUGGUCUCUUUCUAUGCUAAGGGAAGUGGGUAACUUUGGAAGAGACUUAGAAGGGGAUAUUUUAAAGGUCCAACACCCUGUAUUUCCAUGCUUUACUUUUGAUGCACAUUUUGUGAUUUUAAAUCACUGCUGGGGCUCUCUCACCAAAGAGUACUUGCCCCAAACCUGGAUCUAAGCGUCCAGGAAAUUCUCCUUUUAUUCUUUAAUCAAAUUACUAAAAACAAACAUGAAGGGGGGGAAUGCUAUCCCCAAAUGUCCUUUAUUAACUGAUACUUCCUUGUAAAUCUUCCUGGUAAAUCUUUUAAGGACCAAACAGUUUUGGAAUACAUAGUCUUGCUCUUACCAGACUACAGUAUUCAUCUUCAUAAGAAGAGGAGACAGAAUUCAUUAAAGCUGUAAUCCUAAAUAUUCUUACUAAGGAGCAAAUCCUACUGAGCAUGUCUUUGUCUCUGGACAACAAAUGUGGGAUCUUUUAUCUGUAUUUAUUUGCCAUUCAGUUUCUUGCUCUCUUCUUCUUUCCCUAUAUUCAUCCCUUUCACCCUCUUUCCUAUGCAAUUCAUUUUAUAACAAAUUGCCGAUCUCUAUGAAAAAGGAUACAAAAUCUGGCAAGAUGUCACAUAGUACAACCAUUGACGCACACAGGGAAAACAUCCUGAUUUAACUUCCCCCUUCUCCACACUGCUUUUAUUUUGUACAUGCUUUCGGUUCUCCGCAACUCGUUUCCCUGACAAAAGAUUCUGUAGUUCUCUUGCUUAACCUCCUGAGAAGAAACAAGAUGAAAAUGCAGGAAAUAACUAGCAUUUUAAAGUCCCUGUGAGGUACAUCUGUUCUGGGCACGGAAGUGACAAAUUGCAUAUUUAUUAUCUAGCAUCACACUUAUAGCAAAAGGGACUAGGUGUUGUACAAUCCAAUUAUUAAGACACACCAAAGCUUUAAUAGCUCAUAUGCUUCAUGGCCUGGAUCCAAUAUAGGAGUGGAGUGCACUUUAAAACCACCAACCUGAUGUUAUGAUGGAAGUUAAACUUGUCAUGAAGUUUGGCUUCAAUCAGUCACCUUUAGGUGUUGCUGGAUAAAACUCCCAUCAUCCCUGAUCAUUGGCCAUGCUGGCUGGAGUUGAUAGGCGUUAUAGUCCAAAAGAUCUGGAGGGCAUCAGGUUGGGGUUUAUUCAGAUGAUCAUAUGAAGCUUCCUGACACUGAGUCAGAUAGUCAGUCCAUCUAGAGUCUAGACCAAUAUUGUCUUCUCUGACUGCCGGUGGAUAUCCAAGUUGUUAGGCAGAUGUCCUCCCAGCCUGUACCUGAGCAUUGUUAUUGGUUUUUUUAACGGAGAUGCAAGGAAUAGUGGUCUAAUCCAAAGAAUCCUGGGAACUUUAGUUUGUAACAGGUGUUGGAAACUGUAGUUCUGAGGAAGAUAAACCGUAGUUCCCAGGAUUCUUUGUGGGAAGUCAUGUGCUUUAAAUGUAUGAAGUAGAUAUGACACCUGGGACUUUUAGUAAACACAGCAUGUGCUUUGUCACUAAGCAAAGUGACUUAGCCAAAUAUAUGACACUGAAUUUGAAUGCAUUCGCACAUGCCCAGCACCAGACUUCAGUUUAGGGUUUAGGACCUUGUGUCCCUCCAGAUGUUGCUGGACACCCCAGCUCCCAUCAUCCCUGACCAUUGGUUAUGCUGGCUUGGGAUGAUGAGGGGUGGAGUCCAACAGCAUCUGGAGAGUUACAGGUUCCCCCAUCCUUGGGUUAGAUGUAUUUGCGGAUGGUGUUCUAGUUUGACUUGUUGGGAAUGACCGCUCCCCGCUUAAAACGGGGGGCACCCUUUGCGUGGACGCGCUCAGCCCCUGGAUCUGGAGCGGAUCCAUUGGCUUUGCCUUCCCUCAGGUGGGAUACCUGGAGGUCUCCGCCUACCUCAGUCAGUUGUCCAAUCCCACCUGGGGGAAGCGUUGCCAAGGAGACCAGGCCAGGUAGGGGAGGGAUUACCUGCCCACGCAAUAGAGGGAGGAUCUUACCUGGGAAUCCUCACUUGGCUCCAGAGCCGGUGGCUGCAUGCAACUGCAUGCAACCAGCAGGCACUGACAGAUACCAUAUAAUCCUUUCUUUCAGGCUCGACCCCCAAACAUGUGUGGAUCUUCGGCCACAGCAUAGUGCAUUGGGCGGCCGCCCAUGCCGCCACCGGUCCAGCCGGAGAACAUCUGGGUCUGCCGCCAAAGAUCUCCAUUUCCUGGUUCGGACAACGUGGAAUGCGAUGGGAUGCCCUGCUCCCUCGGUUGCGUCACGAGCUUGCGUACCGCCACCCGCCAAAUGCGGUUGUGCUCCACCUCGGCGAAAAUGACUUGGUCAUUCGUAAAAGCAUAAUUCUGAUCAAAACAGCGAUCGCAGACCUGGAAAGCGUACAUGCCACUCACCCCAAUAUCCCGAUUUUCUGGUCAGAACUUCUGCCACGCUUGCAUUGGCGUGGCAACAUCAAACCCACCAGACUUAAUUACACUGUUGAAAAAAUCAAUAGGGCAGUGCGCUCUGCAACCACUCACAUGGGAGGUCGGGUCGUGAAACACCCCAACAUUAAAGUUUACAUGAAGGAGCUAUUUCGGCCCAAUGGCGUGCACCUAUCGGACCUUGGUAACGAGCGUUGGCUGAGCGACAUCAGGCAUGGCCUGAUUGACUGGUUGGAGGAUGGCAAAGGGGCUUUUCAGAUGUAGGUAGUCUUGGCGGCGAGACCGCAAUCUUUGCCGUCUCGGGUGGCGGUAUCAGGCCUUUAGUCCAUCUUCCUCUUUGCGGCGGCCAAAAGGUCGUCAUUGCUCUCCCCUGCGGCGGCGGCGUAACAGGGGCGGCUAUCUCUGCUUAAACAUAUGUUCUCCAGAGCCAGCCCAUCCCCCACACAAACACUGGAUAACCCUGAUGCUCCCUAGGUCCCCGGCUGGGGACUGGGGAGGGAGAACGCCCAAUGCCUGAGCCAAGGUCUACCCACAUUUGAAAUUUAAUAAAGUUGUGGCCAAUUUAACCCCA